AUGGAGGCUGAGGAGAGCCGCCCCAGCCUGGUCGAAGCGGCGGAGCCCGGCAGCGGCGGCCCCGGCGACGGGAGCCCGGCGGCGCCCAAGCAUUUGUGGCGCCACGAGCACCACUGCCGCUACCAGCUCCGCCAGCAGCACCACUUCCUCGUGCACCAGCCGCAGGCGCCCCAGUGCCCGCCGCCGCCGCCUCCCGCGCCGCUGCCGCCGCCGCCUGCCCCUCCUCUCCCUACAGCCGCCCGGGGUCGCGUCGUCGGGGGCAGCGGCGGCGGCGGCAGAGUGAGGCACCGGGGCUAUUCGGACACGGAGCGCUACCUGUACAGCCGCGCCAUGGACCGCGCGUCCUUCGCCCUGGAGACCGGCCACCGGCCCGGCCUGAAGAAAUCCAGGAUGUCCUGGCCCUCGUCCUUCCAGGGCUUCAGACGGUACGCGGGAGGGGCGCGGGGAAGGGGCUCUGCGCGCCGAGGGUCAUUUCAGCCACCCUCCUCCAUCCCACCCCUUCCGACAGGUGAGGGAAGAAGGGAGGAGGAUCCUUGGACGGAGCGCGCGCGCGGGGGGGGGGGGUUAAGUUGUAGAGAAGACGUUGGGUGUGUGUGUGGGGAAGAAUCCCCCCAGGGGAGCGGAGCUUUAAGGGACGGGGGUCAAUAGAGAGGGAGCAUGGGGCGGGUGCAAGCAUGGGGGAGAUGGGAAGCCAGGGGUAAUUGACAGGGCCGUAGGGGGAGAGGGCACGGGGGCGGUAUCGAGGGGGUCAUUGGGGGGAGGUGGGGGGAUUUGGGAGGCAGGCAGUGAGGGAGGAAUGAUGCCACCGGGGACCGGAAGAUGAGGCACAAGAGGGCCACUGGAUGUGGUGCUUGGGCACUAGCUUGGGCACUGGAUUCAAAUUAGGGUAGGGGUCUGGUUGAUCUGGGCAAUCCUUUGACGUUGUCUGUUGACCCCCAGAUCUUUCUUGCCCAUAGUAGGCCCAGGCUAAAAGGGGGUGGGGUAGAGGUAAGCGGGGUGGAAUCCAAGCAAACUAGUUUCUCUUUGCCUUGCAAGUAAGGCAAGUAUCUUUUAAAAGACACAGGAACCAAGCACGUGGGUGAUUUGAGGUGGAACUGUGUAGUAAUACUCCCCUGGUAUCUGGUGCUGUGAGCAAGUCCACAGCAAAGGAUCCAUCUAUCCUUCUCCAUCUUCCCUCCAGUCCCCUCAACCGCUUCAUAUGCACACAUCACUUUAUGAAAACAUUUCAAGGAUAACCUGCUUUUUAUUACAGUGAGUCCUCUGGGAUUUAAAGGCUUAGAGGGGCCUGAAAGGGACGGAGAGGCACAGUUCUGCACUCCCACACAUGGUAUCAAAUUAUUGGCGGUUAAUUUGGUGGGAGAGCUUCAUAAAUUGACCCUUGAUUAGAUGCGGUUAAUUGAUUUCUAGAAAGAGAUAUGAAGCGAGGAAAGUGCUGCUGAAUUGCUUCCUAUGGAGUGAACUAUAGGUUGUGUUGUUGUUGCUGCUGCUACAUGGAGACUGACAGAUCACAGAGUGACAUCACUGUUUAAGAACAACUUCCUCUUGCAAUCAGUCAGCAGGAGAGCUGCUACUGGCAGGCGACAACAGCUCCAUUUAUGAUCUCUGACUUUGUUUGCAGUAAGCAGGUCCAUGCCAUUUUCUAGAGUGUACAUUACAGAGCAGUAGAAUGAGGGAAAUGGGAUAUUAAUUUUUCAUUGGGGUAGCUGCCUUGAUUUAUAUAUAAUCUGGGUUAACGUGCUCUUACAGCACUCUGCACGAGAUGCACAAAUACCAGAGUUGACAUUUCAAAUUGCAUCGCACGCCGCACACAUCUCUGCUACAAACUCGUGACCUUGUUCAUGGUGGUGUCAUUGCACCCCUCUGGUAAAGGGGGAAGCGUCGCUUGGAUAAGGCAAUUCCCUAGCACUCUCUUUCUACGUUGCUAUAGUCGUUUUUAAGAUGAAACAUUCAGUGAUACAAAGAAUCCAGUCCUUGUGGUUAUUAGCAUUAGUGAUAUCAUGUUGCUGUUAUUUCCCUCCUCCUCCAAACUGUAAUUUCAUAUCCACAUCACUGGUGUGAUCUGUAGUGGGUCAGGGUGUCUGGUGGAAAAACUCAGAGAGAGACUUAACAAAGUCUAAAUGCUGAGAUUAGGCACACUGCUUAGUGCACACUCACCUAGGAGUAAGCCCUGCUGAACUCUCUGAGCCUCUCUCUUACUUGGAAAUCUGUGUGCAUAGGAUCAUUCUGAAAUAAAUAAAUGCUUUUAUUAGAAUUAUAAUUACAUGGAGUUUAAACCUUCUGGGGACAGAAGAAGAUUAAUUGUGGAAAGCUUGUGACACAGUGCUUUCAAGAAUAAUCCAUAUUGGCUCUUAAACCAAGUGCUCAGUAUUUUCUGCAGGUAUUAAUCCUCCAGUUAAUGACAGCGUAAUAAAUUAAAAUGUUGAUAUUUACUAUUGCUUUUGUCUUGUUGGAGUUUUAGAACUCAGUCCCUUUUCCAAAUUAGGGCUGCAGGUGUGUUAGCCAGUGUGUGUCAUUGACUUCAUCUUCCUUUACGGCUCCAUCUUUCACCAACUUUGUAAAAUAAUGUUUGUUGUGUAUAAAAAUGAAUUGAUAUUUAUGGAAAACACAUUUCAAAGGCAAUACUCCUAACUUUGAAAUGUAAAAUGUACUCACGCAUUCAAGACACUCUAUAAAUUACACAAAGCUUUUCUCCAAAACUGAGACAUUUUAAAAAAUAAUUUAAAACACACAGCAUUUGGACUUCUUCAGAUUUCAACCAGCAAAGGCAUAUUUAGAAUUUUCUUACAAGUCAAGGUGCUUUGUAUUUUUUUAUAUUUUUAGUAUAAUUUAUAACCUUUAAUAAAAUACCUUACUUUUUUAAAGUUGUAUGAUCAUUUCCAGAAAUGAUCAGAAUAUUGUUCACUUUUUUAUGUCCUUCAGGACAAGCUGUUGAGUAGCAUAAAUUAAAAUGGUUGUUUGUUUUGCUAUAAAUUCGUAAAAGAACAUCCACAUCCACACGCUAUAUAUUGUGACCUAUAGAAAUGACGUAGAUUAUAUAGCUAUUGAAAAAAUGCUAUAUGCUGAUGACUUUAAUCACUCAGGUGAGACAAGCAUUCAUUAUGCAUAUAAUAGCGAGGGGAAAAACUGGUUAUGAGUUAUUUUGAGGUCAAAUGGAGCCUUCCACACAUUUUGAAGAGUGCAUCUAUGAUUUAAGUGUACACCUUAAAAAAUCCAAGUGCGACUGUUGCAAACAAGUGUUUGAAAACUUGAGUAUCAUACUCGUAUACUUGUCAGAUAACUUAGUUUGGCUACACCAUAAGAACUGAGUUAAGGUGGUGGAAAAUAUUGGUUUGUUUCUGAGAAAAGUGUGAAACAACCUUAUAGAACAAUUUAAGAUGAAGUUGUCUGUGGAAUUGUCUCCACCUGUUUGCAGAAAGUUCAUUCCUGCACAAAAGCAUUCUGCAAAGACACGGAAAGUAAAAGCCAAAAAUGUUGAAAUCUGAAGCAAAUUAAAUGGCAACAGCUUAAUGCAUGUGAUGACAAGGAGAAAAAAUGUUGAACCUCAAAUGCUUUAAUUUGUUUUCAUCACAAACAAGAACCAAGAUCACUUCAUGGGAGCUCCUUGUCAUUAAAUGGAAUGUCUUGACUAAAUAAAUGUGCUUGGCAUGUGCCCUGCACCCAGAGAGACAACGUUGCUACAGGUGGACUGCAGUCUACAGGCUAGAGGUUACCAGGAUGGGAAUGCAAUGGCUAUAGGUCUGUUUCUGAUUCUGCUUCACUGGCAUACCAUCUUGAACUAGCAGAUUAAUCUCCUCUUGUCUCUUAUUUUCUCACUCAUGAAACUUAAGUGGCCAUGCUAAAACACAUCCAUUUGUAACAGGAUGCAUGUAGAUUGCAAAAUAUAUAAUUGCAAUUUAGCCUUGGGUAGAACUGGCAUUGAAGAGUGUGCAUUCUGUGUGCAGAUUACUUUCAGUCCUAAACAUAUACAAAGCAACAGGAUGUCUCUGUGUGACCGGGGACUUACUGAAAUCUACAAAGCCUGCCUUUCCACAUUUCCCCAAUUUUGGCCAAAUGAUGGCGCCCCAUAGGUUUGUAAAAACAGUAGCUCUCCCCCCCCCCCCGGUAAUUCAAGCACUGGCCAUUUUAGUCAGAUAUAUGAAGACACAACCUGGCUCCAAAGUAGUCCUUUCAUGCUCUGCAAGUGUUUUUAUCCAGCAGAGAGGCUCUUGCUUGUGAAAGGGGAAACAAUUCAGCGAUUCCCCUUCAGCCUCCUGCCCCAGCCAACUCAGAUGCUGUUCUAGAGGGUCCUCAAACCUUCAAGAGCAGAUUUGCAAGGGUGCAGAGGCUGUAGGGGACAUUGGGGAAAAUCUGUCUCCCAGCCCCCCGGCAGGAGAUUUCCACGAGUAGAACUCUACUCAGGGACUCUCUGGAUCCAAACAAGCAUUUGCAUUAUGCUGAACCUCUAUCUAUUGCAGUUAAAGCAGCUGAAGUUAUUCCAUGAUUAUAGGAGUCAACGUGGUAAAGUGCUUACUGUGAAACAGGGCCUAGAUCAGUGAGAAAUAGAUUCAAAUCUCUGCUCAGUUACAAAGCAUAUGGGGCGGGGGGAAGGGGAACCUUGGGCCAGUCACUCUCUCUCAGCCUAACCUACACUACAGGGCUGUUGUCAGAAUAAAAGGGGGGAAAUAACAUGCAUUGACCUAAACUCUUGUGAAGAAAAUAAGGGAUAAAGAUUAGAUAGGAUUUUGUAAUGGGCUAAAUAAAAUGAAUACAUAAGCUGUAAUCCAAUUGCACUCAUAUUUGGAAAUAAACCCAGUAGAUUUUGCACUGUUUUACAUGCUUCUGAGAAAAACCAAACCACUAUGCAUUUGAAUUCUGCAUUUAUUUUACACGCCAGACUUAGAAUUCUAUUACAAUGUGGGAGGUGUCAAAUAACUCAGGCCCUUUUGAUGGGCUUGAUGUCUUAAAUUCACGGUUUACUUAAGAAAGAAUACUUGGUUUUAAUAACAUUUUGGUCAGACCUUUGUGAUCACAGCAGAACAAAAAUAAUGUGGGAAGAAAAUGGGUAUAUUCUUCGUGUAAAGAAAGUCCUGCGUUUGACUCAGAUCUAAGAGCCCACUUCGUUAGCAGUGCAGGGAAGGAGUGCUGAUUUUCUAAAGCAAUUCCUUCUCUGCUCAUCGUUUAACCACUUAGGUAUAAUGCUCAGGUAUGAUACUGGUAUGAGGCUCAGGACUUGGAAGGAGAAGCAAAGGAAUGAGCCAGAAGGAUAGGGAUCCAUGAAACUAUAUGCCUGCACAGAGCAGGAGUAUUCUUUAGGGCAGUGAUAGCCAACGUGGUGCCUUUGAGAUGCUGUUGGAUUUCAACUACCAGUGUUGGUGGGCGGGGGGAGGGGCAUGUCCAUUAAGGAUGACAGGGCACUUCCUCACCAACCUGAGUUUACCCAUGACCAGCCCCCACCUGCCUACCUUUUUACAACCAGUUAAGCUGGCUGCAAACUUUGUCCUCCUCGGUCUCAGUUUUGCCCUUGUAGAACUCAGCAGGAAGAAAGAUGGGAACAAACCUAUAAUUAGUUGGCUGCACGUAUCACUGGCUCUGGCUCCACCUACAAACUACAUUGAUAGUUGCAAGUUUCCUAAUAACAAACAUUUGUUAGUUGGCUUGUCCAUCUCCUUCCCAUUUCCACAUGACCCAUUUCCACCAGUAAAAUGUUCAAAAUCUUCCAUGUUUACAAGAACCACCAAGGUAAAGAAUACUGCUUUUCUUUGGCACAAGCACUAAGGCAAGGUAGAAAUGCUGAUGAAAGGACUUAAUUUUUGCUUCUUGCUAGAAUUCCCAAGGAACGAAAGUGGCAUACAAAGAUUAGAUCAGCAUAAAUAUGUUUGCUCAAGCGUAUUCUCUACUGAUGGCAGUGCGGAUGGCAGUGUAAUAAUCCAUUAAACAAACAGGGAGUCCACUUGAUUCUGUUUGUGGUCUAGAUAACUGUGUGGCCCAAUCCUCUGGGUGUUUAUUCAGAAAUUAAUCCCAUUGAGUUGAAUGAGUUCCAAGGAAAUGUCUACUGAUUGUAGCCUUGGUGGCCCUAUUGAUUGAAUUAGUUUUCUUGUAGUAUAGUUUCUGUAGUCUCUAUUGUAUAGUAUAGUAUAGUAUAGUAUAGUAUAGUAUAGUAUAGUAUUGUAGCAUCUAUUUCUAAGGGAACAAGAAAGGACUUGCUUCACUGUUUGUUUCUCCUGUUUCUCCUUGUCUCUCUAUUGCUUUUCAGGUGGAAACUUGCUGUAAAUAUCUCCAGAAGCUCUAAUGGUUUACAGUUGCUUUUCCAUAUUUUUACCAUUGUUACUGGCACAGGUUCGGGACACAAACUUAGGUGACGUCACCUAUGUACAUGGGUCUGAAAUGGAGCAGUCUUGGCUGCCAGAUUCUCUACUCCCUGUGCUACCAAAUCUGCUGACUCAAAGAGGGAACUAUAAGCAUAUGUCACCAAGACUGGAAUACUGUAGUCCUACAUAUGGCUGCCUUUAAAAACUAUUCAGAAACUUAAACUGGUACAGAAUGUAGCUGCCAGAAUGCUUGUGGGAGGGGGGCAGUUCAAGCUUACUGAUCAUAUUACACCAAUACUUCCUGAAGCCUUGAAUUGGUUUGGAUCAGGUUAUCUGAAGGAUUGCCUGCAUCUAUUAUGACCCUCCCCAGUCCCCCAAACUAGCCUUGAAGGUCCUGCUUUCUAGCCCAACAUCAAGGUCUAUCAGAUUGCCACCUUCUCAGUGGCAACCCCACAUUUCUGGAUGCCCUCCCACCUUAGAUAUACAUAUGGCUUUGGGAACAUCCUUAACAGCUUUUCUACUUUGUUCAUUGUUUUAUUAAUGUGUGCUGUACAUGCUGGCUGUUGGAUGCUUACGUUUCCUCUUUGAGUUUUAGGAUUGCUUCAGUUGUAUCUACAUAAUUGGGCUUGUUUUUCCAUUUCUGUAAGUUGCCUUGGGAGGGACUCCCUCCACCCCUUGCUAAAAGGCACUAUAUUAAUUGACUGUCUGCCUGAAUGAAUGAAUGAAGCCAGGUGCCUGCUGCUUUUGAGUGAAAUCCAAGCAGGUGUCUGGGAUGCAGAAGAUAGCUGGUAGCAGGAGCUCUGGGGCAGGAACCAGUGACACAGCGCCUUGUAAUGUACUGCUUUAGAAGCCUCCUGCGCUCAUUAGUCUAUCUCCCUGCCUGCCCUUUAUCUAGCCUAACCCAACAUCAUCUCAGAUUGCUUACUCAGAAAUAACUUUCUAUCUUCAGCUACCUCCAUCUGAGAUUAACUGGUUCUCUUGGAAUUUACAACUCAUCAACUGUAUGCUUAGGGAGAGCCUAGACUUCAGUUUUUAUGUGAAUGGGAGCAGAGUUUUUAGGGACUCUCCUCAUGUUCCAGCAUUGGUAUGCGCUCUCCUUGAGUGGUUUUGCCUGGCUAGAAUGUAUAAUUGAACUCUGAUAAUGACUCUUACUUACCUGAGUGGGGGAUAGAGAGGGGUGUGUGAGUGUGUGGAGAAACUAACCUGCCAUAUGCAAAAAUAAUAGUUGCUCCAUGCACUUACUGGCAUGUGGCCCCAAGAAGGCAGUGUACCCCUCAAGUUGAAAAAGGUUCCCAGGUGAACACAUGGCUUCCCAGAGAUCAAGAGCUCUGCAUUCUUCCAUGGUCCUCUGUGGCUUAGCCCCAACCAGCAUGAGACCAGGAGGACCAUCCUGAGAACCUGCAUAGUGGCCAUAAGCUCCUCUGAGAACCUGCAUGCUCACACAAAGUUUGUUUUGGUUUAAUGUCAAGUGAGGACUGGGCCUAUAUUUGUUUGAUGCAAUGGACGACUUCUAUAACCAUGAUGCACCCUGCGUAUUUUGUUUAUUUUGAAAUUCCUCUUAUAUCUGCUUUGAACAAGGUCACCUAUAUUUUAAUAACUACCGUUGCCACCCAUUUAAAGGAAGCCUAAUUGAUCAAUAAUUUGUGUUUUAGCUGAUUAACCACUCAAUUAGAUUUAAAUAAAUAUGCACAUGAGUAAAAAUUGCUUUGAAGCAAAAGGAAUAAUUGGGGUAUGGGGAUUGUAUCUAAGGAAGUUAUGCACAGGGUAGAUCCACUGAUAUUAAUGGACCUAAUUUAGUCAUUUCCAAAGCUCCAGUAGGUCUACUCUGAGCAUGACUAACACUGGAUAGAAACCUCCUCCCUUUUCUUUUUUAGAUGAAGCACAUGUGUUGGAUCAGAUAUGUCACGGCUAAAAUGGCCGCUGUUUCUUUAAUGCGAAUAAAGCUGGGUCAGCAUGACUCAGCAGUCUGCACCAAGUUGUAUAUAUAAGUGAGAAAUGUUAGUUUGUUGCUGAGGCUGGUGUUUGGGUUGGUUGCUUGGGUAGUGCUGGUGUGUAUAGUUAUUCAGUCGUGUUUUGCACAAAAACUUUUAAGAAUAAAACUCUGCAAGGAUAUUCUCGUGGACUCUUUUGUGCCGACAAGGGUCCGAGGACCAGGUUGAGGAGACAAAGGGAGGUCAGAACCCUUUCCUUCUUUUUUUUUUUUUGCUUUUUACAAACACUGACAAGAUAUUGUUUUACAAAAGUCAUUCCCUCCCCUGUGAGGAAAGAAAGAAUCUUUUUAGAACUAUUUCCUGGGCUUUUUUAGCCAGAACUCCCCGGAACUCACUUCCGGCACUUGUCCGGUGGGCACCACUGCCAUUCUAAGAGAACGAGGGAUGUGUUCAUGGUGAGUUCCAGCACCUCGUUUUCUAGAAAAAUAGCACUGAGUAUGCCCGUAACAAAUAAGACCACCCCCACCCCCCAAAAAUAAAUCUCCUGGCUGAUUAAUCAGGGAACCACAUAUUUUUAAGCCAAUUGAUCUAACUAAUAUGGCAAAACUCAGCUAACAAUGGCUAAAGCUUUCAUACUUCCCUGCUUUGCAGACUAGUUUGAACAUUUUAUCAAAUACUGAUAACUGAAUUGGUUUGUGGUUUCAGUAUGAACACAUACUUCAUUUCGUUUCACUUUAUAUAUUGAUUUACUGCUUAAUACCAGAACAGUCUCUAAACAGCUUUCAAAUAAAUAGCAUUUGUUAUAUGCUAUAGUUAUAUGCUAGUGUAUAUACAAUCAGUAUCUCAAACAGUGAAACUAAAACACAGCAAUACCAGGUGGUGGUAGUAGUAGUAGUAGUAAUAAUACAUUUUGAGACAGGCAAAUAACUCAGUUGUCUGGCCACCAAGUACCUGUAAGAAGGAUAAAAGAUAUAUGUCCCUCGAUAUAUGUCUCUCCCCUUUUCCUCCUCCCUUCCUUUAUGAUGCUCUUCAUACCAAGGCAGGGGUUUUACAGUGCAGCUCACAGAACAAUAUUAUGAAGCGUCUGAUCAGCUGCCUUGCCUGGAAACUGUUCUAUUGUUUUAUGCCUAUAUACUGGAGUAAGACAUUUAGCCUACCUACUGCCUAUGAAUGCUUUUCCAUUAAUUUUUCCAGGACUAAUUUAUGAAUAGUGACGAGGCAACACCCACAAUUAUUAAAGUAAUAUACCUAAAGAGGUUUUUUUUAAUUAACAAAACUCACUGUUAUAGUUUGUAGCUUAAGGGGUGUGUAAUAUUUAUUGAAGACAUUAAAAACUGAAGGGCUAUGAAUGCUGAAGCAGUCACUGAAAGAAAAGUUUAAAUUAAAAGCAGUAAUGUUUUGAAGUAUCUGUGCUGGCUGCUUGAAUCCUCUUUUAUGGGCAGUUGAAUUCAUCACAUUAAUGUCACUGCAACUAUUAUUUCCCAUCUCAGAAAUAUAAAUGCAGACCUUUGGGGGCCUAAUAUUGCUAGUCACACAAGAUUUUAUUGAUGAAAUUAUUUUUAUGGCACCGAUUCAUACAAUAUAACAUGGCACUGCGCAAUAGCAUAUACAAUAAAAUAGUGCAAAAUGAUUUACAAUGACUGUCUGAGCAAAAAAUUGAAUAGGCUUGUCGACAUAAAACUGGCUUCAAUAGAAACCUGAAAAUCAAAACUGAGGGUGCCUGUCCAAUUUUUGCUGGAAGAGUGUUCCACAGCAUGGGACCACUAAACGUCUGGCUUUUAGCAGAGGCCAGUCAAGCUACUGUAACAUAGUGGCACAGGAGGACCCUUACAUCCUCAUAGUUCUUCACUGGCUCAGCGGCAGAGAAUAAUUUGACUCUCUUCCCCCUCCCUCAUGGAAAUCCUCCUUCUUUCCACCCAUUGCCCAUUGUGGUAAAAGGGUUCGCUCACCCUCCACCCCAGUGUAGGGCUGGCUGCAAGAUACUCUUUGUCACUUACUCUGAGGUAAAGCUGCCAUUUUUAUCCCUUUCUGGAACAUGCAGGGAAUUCAGGAAAAUGGUCUACACUUGGCUUCUUUACAGGGCUUCCUUUACACUCCAUGAAACCAGGCUGAUGUGUGCACUGACCUUGGUGAGGGUUGGGUAAAACCUAUCAAGAUUCAGUUCCAGGGUUCCAGUGAAAUGCAUUUAUUUAAGAAUCAAGACAUUCUGAAGUAGGAGAUUGCUUUUUGAAAGAAAAGAAAAUACUUAAUUACCCAGCUAACCUUUAUUUAACAGGAAACCUAAAAAUAGAAGAGAUUAUGUUUCGAAGCACCUUACAAGCAGAUGAAUGGAAGACACCCUGGGUUUUUGUGGUUUCAGAUGUUGGCCUUGACUCUCUGCCAGGCUCACAAAGAACCAAGAGAAUUGGGGAAUCCCAGACAGAGGGAGAAUUCACAUGCUUCAAUUUGCUUGCAGCGGCCAUUUCUUCAGGCUGAUUCUGCACACACCCUGAUUAACUGAGUCAUUGGGGUGGAGAGAAGAGGCAUAACUUUGGAUGUGGAAUGAUGAAGAGGGGCAGGCUCAUUUUCAGUCAGGAUAAUUUGUUGUGGGUGCCACACACACUGCACAACAAAAUAUAGACCAUGACCUAUUCUACUGGCUACAAAGGAAUGCUUUCUUUCAGGGCCAAUUUCAGUGAGGGGAGGGGACACUGUGGGUUCCAGAGAAGGUCCCUCCAGGCACAUGAGAAAAUAAGAGCCUGCUGGAUCAGGCCAGCAGCCCAUUCUGUACCAGUGGUUACUGUGAAAAACGCUGGUAUUGUCACUGAUUCUUUUUCUUUUCUUUUCUUUAGAAAGUUUUGUUGGUUUUAUAAUAAAACUACUUUGUUCUACUUUGCGGGGUGGGGGGGGGGAGAAAUGUAGAGUGUUACAUGCAUACCUCAGUCACAUAUAAGAAGGCAUACCGAUCCGGGACACUGUCAAAUAGCUGAAUGUAUCACUGAAUGUAUCACCAAUGCUUUAACUAUCCUUGGCAUAGCCUCUCCAUCAGUAAGUAGCUGGAGGUCUGACAAUGACAUCACUUCUAUUUACCUAGCUAAGUUAUGGGAACCAUGCAUUGUCAAAAUGAUUGUGUUUAGCAUGACCCCCAAUAACCCUUCUCUGUUGCGUUAGAUGCUCAGAAAGAGCCAGAUUUCAAGCUUCCCCUUGCCAUCCUGUCAGGGAUGGACCUUUGGGGUCUUUGCAGUGAGAAACGAUCUCUAAGCAGACAGCAGUAAACAGCACGGCAGUUACGUCUUUCUAUGUAAGAGGAGGGUCUAGAUCAGCGUCUAGUGACAGAAGGACCAAAGCAGGGUUUGGGCUCAAUGACUUACCAAUAAUAUUAGAAACAACCUCAAAAAUACUCGGCCAAAACCCAGGGCUAAUUCUGUGGGAGAGUUUCUCCUCUCCAUGGAUAAACUUGGUGAAAUGGUUUGCUGCUCCCCCAUUUUGUCUGCCCACAAAUAGGCUGGAUAAUUUCAAGAGGCUGUUUCUGCACAGAUCUACUUUAAAUCUUCAAAGCAGAUUGAAUGACUCAGCUCAAAGGAAGGGGUGUUAGCUAUACCCUGGAUUCUCUGUUGAUGACAAUGGGACUAGAACUUUCUCUUGAUUGUACUCUUAUAUAUUGGCUGAUACAUGCAAACAUAUCCAAUUGCCUGAAUUACUAACCGUGUUGAGAACCCUGCUUGUCUAUUGUUUCAGUUUAAAUAAUAACUUUGCUCAAUUUUGUAGUCAAAAAGGAACCAGCAGAUAAACUGAUUUCUGUUGCUUCUGUUCCUGCCUGAGGCUUCAGCAUCAUUCAUCAUUUCCACUCAAUGAUGACAUUGAUGUAAAUAUGCUAACUGAAUCACAAGUGAAAUCCAUAAAUCUAGGUCUCGUUUCUCUAAUGAGAUUUCUAUCACACCCUGGUACACUGUAAAAUAGGAAUGGAUGUGAGGGAAAAUGUACAUUGAAAGGAGGUAAACACACACAUAAAAAUCCGCAGUUUCUUUGAAAAGUGAAACCUGUUUAACAUGGAGAAUUGUGUUUUAAUCAUUCCCUUUUAGUGUGUAUAGGGUUGCAGCCUUAUUGUAUUGGCUCUAUUCUUCUGGCAUAUUAACUGUUCCUUGGCUAGAGAUAAUUAUACUCUGCAAGCUGUUGCAUGCAAUACAUGAAGGGUAUUUUGUCUUCUUUUCUUCAUGCGGAAACUCCUGCAAACUGAAUUGAUGACAUCAUAAACUUUAUUCUUGAGACCUGGGAGCCUUCACAGUGUAAUGAACAACCUCUCUAGAAAGUCAGCUCUCCAGGAGCUGGCAUCCUGGGUCCUGCUUCCAUCCAAACUAAGGAAGAGCAACAUCUAUAGGUCAAUUUAUUACUGUGAUGAAGCAGCAAAUUAAUUGCUCAGUUGAGACAAACUGACUGUAUACUAAACAUGCUAAACUGAGUGGAUUUACCGGGGUGUGUGUGUAGAUAAAUUCCAUGCUGUAGCCUGAGAAGAACGGGGAACCUUCCUAAAUUCUAAACUCACCUUUUCAUUAAUAAUUUUUCUGAAGAAAUAAUGUUAGAUUGCAAUCCCAAUACGUUUACUUGAAAGUAAUUUUCUUUUUUUCUUUUUUUUAUAAGAUAUUUAUUAAGAUUUUCAAAAUAUUACAAAAUAAAAAUAAUAAAAAAAGAAAAUACAAAAUAAAAAUGGUUAAAAACAACUCAAUCUUUCCAUUACUUAUUUUUCAUUAGCUUGUUUCCCGGACCUCCUCACGCCUCCCGUUUUUGUAUUCCAGUUCGGUUUGUUGGUUCAGCAAAUCCUUACCCUCUUUGUUUAUCCUAGUCUUUAAUCUUAAAUUAUUGUAACGUUAAAUUUUUACCUAUUAAUAAUCCAUUUUUCAUAUUCCCUUAUAGUGUUACAGCUGAAAACCACUUAAUUUCUAUCCAACAUCAUUCUAACCUUCAUUAAUUUUACAAUAUUUCUGUAGAUAGUCUUUAAAUUUCUUCCAAUCUUCUUCCACCGACUCUUCUCCCUGGUCUCGGAUUCUGCCAGUCAUUUCCGCCAGUUCCAUAUAGUCCAUCACCUUCAUCUGCCAUUCUUCCAGAGUGGGUAGGUCUUGUGUCUUCCAAUACUUCACGAUGAGUAUUCUUGCUGCUGUUGUUGCAUACAUAAAAAAAGUUCUAUCCUUCUUUGGCACCAAUUGGCUGACUAUGCCCAGGAGAAAGGCCUCUGGUUUCUUCAAGAAGGUAUAUUUAAAUACCUUUUUCAAUUCAUUAUAGAUCAUCUCCCAGAAAGCCUUAAUCCUUGGGCACGUCCACCAAAGGUGAAAGAAUGUACCUUCAGUUUCUUUACAUUUCCAACAUUUAUUAUCGGGCAAAUGAUAGAUUUUUGCAAGCUUGACUGGGGUCAUGUACCACCUGUAUAUCAUUUUCAUAAUAUUCUCUCUUAAGGCAUUGCAUGCCGUAAACUUCAUACCUGUGGCCCAUAACUGUUCCCAGUCAGCCAUCAUUAUGUUAUAUCCAACAUCUUGUGAAAGUAAUUUUCAUUAAAAUCAGUAGGACUCACUGCCAAGUAGGUAAAUGCACUUAAAAUCAUGGCGCGAAGCGAAUUGAUUAUUUCAGAAGCCACUUUCCUUUGCUGUGUCCUCAGGAUCUGAUGUGUCAUUAGCAUGCUUAUACACUCUGUCCUGUCUAUUGGCAGAGGAUUGGUAGAGGAUAGGUAGCUUGCAAGAGCAUUACCAAUUUAAUACCAUGAUUAAUCAAAAGAGGAAGCAUAAGGUUUUAGUCUCCUCAUGCUGAACCUGAGGAGGAGAGGGCAAGGAGCAGCUAGCAAGCCUGACUCUAGCAUAGGCACAUUCCAGUCAUCACAAACCAUCAUUUAUUAUGAUGUCUGAAUUCAACCAAUCUGUCAAUAUACAUUUCAGCUCCUUGGGGAAUCAUUGCUUUGGUGGCUAACGAAUGCAUCCAAAUAGAAGAAAUCAGUUCUAUUCACAGUCAAAUAGAAGAGGGCUUUAUGCUGAAAGUUUCUCUGGCAUCCCUGGAGUCCUUUACAGUCCUUAAGUUCACUUAAGAUAUGGAUUGUGUUUUUAAAAAUCCAGUUCAUGCUAAUAAUCUUUAAAAGCUAGCCAUGUUUUAUUCCUUUUUGUAAAGCACCUCGUCUCAUAUUUUAAAAGUAGCUGUCAUUUGCUAAGCGCUACCCAGCAGUGAUGGAACAAGCACAGCAAGUACAGAACUGGCAUGCAUAGACUACCAGCACAAUCAGCUGGUAUUAAUAUAAUUCCCCCUCUACCCAAUUAUAAAUCUUAGCCUGCAGGCAUAUCACACUGGGCAAUGAGGCACUCAGAUUUCAUAGGAGCGAUAUGCUAAGAUUAGGAUUGGUUUUACUUGGAUAGAAGACCACCAAAAGAGACAUAUUUAAAGGAAUAUGCAGGGUGCAUGGCUGCACUAAAAAUGGGGGGAAAGAAAGCUUUUAGAACUGUUUCUUUAUAUGGGCUUCAAGGGCCUUUCUGUUGAUAUCAAGCCUAGUGUCUGGACUCAGCAUGUACAGGCAAAUGCCAUGACCCACAGAGACUAGACAGCUCACCAUUGCUGCUGGCCUCCUUCUUAGCCUGCCCCCCCCAACGGCCUGGCACAGCAAAAAAGAGGUGCCACAUGUGGAGGCUGCAACUGCCACUAUCUGAAUUUUCACAGCAUGUCUCUGGAACCAAGUGUAGGGCCCAGAAGCAUUCUGGGAAAAUUAGCAAGGCAACAGCUACAGGCAUCUCACUCAGUGUUCCUCUUCAGAGCACCGGACUUCACUGCCACACAACCCUCCACCUCCUGGUAAGCUAUCUUAUUUGAGAGGGAGGCUACUACAGUGGUGUUAUGAUUAUAAUUGAAAUGAUCUCAACACAAUAAUAAUGUAUGCAUCAGAGUAGUUGUACAUAAGAGCUCUUCUGGAUCAGAUCAAAGACCAAAAGUAGGAUACGAAGGCAGAGUCUUCUCUAAUGGUUGCUGUCCAGCAGCUGGUACUCAGAGGCAUUCUGUCUCUGAAGUUGGAGACUGUGUGAAACCGUCAUGGUUAGUAACCAUGGAUCCUCUAUGAGUUCAUCUAAUUCAGCCUUCACCAAUCUGAUGGGAAUUGUUUGCAGACUUUGCAUAUGCAUGUUUGUGUGAAUAUCAGAAAUGUGGUGACUGUCAGCCCUGAAGUUGGUAACCAUACUACUAACCAAAUUUAACAUUGUUUUAUGACAUGCCAAAAAGUAGAUAGAGCAUGCAAUGGCACAUCCAACACAGUCUGAAGUAUCUAGAACUCAGUUUGAGGCUGAAGAGGGCAUGUGUGAAGCCAUGCAGCCAUGCUACGGAACUAGUUUACACAACUCCAUCUUCUUUUUAAGCAGCCAUCUCAUGUAAUCAAAAGCAUCCCGUGAAUGAACCACGUUUUGGUUACAUUUUUCAAGACUGCAUUGUUACAAAAUUGUGGCCUGGAGGUUACCUGUUAUUUUAUAUCUGUAAGAUGAGAUUCUGUAGGAGAGGCAGCUGAAGUGGUGAAGCCAAUCUCCUUGUUAAGUUCAUGGCUUAUAGCCAAGUUUGACAAGUUAUUUGCUUGACUAAAGCAUACAAGUGACUGGUUGACACAGAAACUAUUAACUGGAGGUGCUUCUGUUGCAUAAAAGAGACCUGAUUUGCUCUCUGUACUGAAUCCAAAGCUAUGCUGUGACAGAAGGCCUCUACUCCUUCCGGAGGGGAGGUGUUGUGAGCGGGAGACAAUUCCCGCGCCAUGCAGGGGGUGUUCUGCCCCCUGCCCAUCGUCACGGCUGGCGUGCCACGCCCCCUAGUUGGGCACCCAAUCGGGAGACACAGUGGGGGGCAUGGUUUGCUGCUCAAAUGCGGCCACGCCAGCCAUCCUGGCCAUUGCACACACAUUUUCGCCAUGCCUCUUGGGCUCGGGUGGCAGUUAGGCAUUGGAAUGUGUUGUUGGUGUUUGGAAGGGCAAGGUGUGGCCAUCGCCUAUCCCUUCAAUUUUGGGUAUUCUGUUAAAGGAAUCCAGCGGUUGUGGAUCCUGUCUGAUGCCUGUAUGGCGGGGGGCCAUGGCACAACCCUCGGUGACAUCAGGGGAGAGCUUAUAGUUGUAUUAGCAUCAACAGGCUCCCCCGACUGGUGGUUAACCCCUCUACAGACUCACCCCUCUCCGAGUGGAUGGAGUCAAAUCUUCCGUGGUCCAAUGCCUAAGCCAAUACCUUCUCACAUGCUGUAAUCAAUAAAGUUGUGGCCUUUUUCUUGCCCAUUAACCUAAUAUACCAUGUCCACGUGUCUUUAUUCCCCAAGCGUGGAUCGGGUCCUUGAAAUCACAAAGCUAGGCUAGAUCAGAUCAGAUGGAGUGCAGUGGAAUUCCACCAGAGUGGAGUAGCUUAAAAAUGCUGAGCUGGAAACCUCAUCCUGAUCGGCUGUGGGUACAGCUAGCCAGAGGGGAUGGAGACAGCACUUUGGUGGGGGGGGGAGCGGCAGAGAGAGUUAGAGAGCUGGGGAAGUUGAGUGUUGGUUCUGGUGUUCAGCUGGUUCUAUAGCUCCUGAGCUGUGUGUGUAAAAUCUACUCUGAGGAGAAGGAAGCCUCUGAGCUUAGAUUGAAAGACAGUGAUUGGUGUCUUUUUAGAAUAUUCAGACAAGAGAAAACUGGAAAGCUGAGUUGGGGACAGGAGAAGUACAGGUGUGAGGAAACACUCUACUUGGGUCUCAUUUCAGUCAGAAGGGGGGAGAUCUUUUGGAAAGAGAAGAAUCUCAAAUCAGGACUGUGGAACUGGUGUCCCUCCAGAUAUUGGAUUUCAGCUACCUUCAGCCCCAUGGCCAAUGAUCUUGGAUGAUGGGAGUUGCUGUUCAACAACAUCUGGAAGGCAACUGGUUCCCCAUUCCUUUUCAAAAUCAAGGUAAUAGAUUGGGCAGGGGAAUAUGUGAUUAUGCAUUGCCAAUAUUCAUAAUUUUUAAUUAAUGGUGCUGUUGACUAUAUAUCUAAGAGCACUACCUUUAUCUUUAGGUAUAGUUGUAUAGUUUAUGGCUUUCUAUUUUACUGCUUUAAAAAAGUUACGACUUGCCCAGAGGACAUGGUUAAUGGGCAGUCUAUACAUGCAUCAUCAUCUGAGGCUGCCAAUAAAACAAAACAGGUUUUGAGUCAGAAAUCAGCCUCUCUUUGUCUGUCUACCAGCUUCUUGGAAUCCAGAAAAUAUAGCUUCUGCUAACUGAAAACUGAAAACCCUUAACAUGGCUUUCUAUGUUUAUAGGAUAUUUGUCUGCACAUCUCUUGACAAGGGCAUAACCUGCUUUAGGAACAGUCUCCUGUUCUAGCAUAUAGGGCAGAGCUUGUCUUAUCUAUUCCACAGACAUGGUUUUGAGGGUGGAUCUGCUGACUGAGCCAAUGGAAGUUGCAGUCUGAAACAUGUUUGUGAAGAGUCUCUGUGGCAGAUCUUAAUAACCGGGCAGGUAUAUGUGGGAGGAGGUGAUCCUUCAGGCAAUCUGGCCACAAGCCAUUUCAGGCUUUAAAGGUUAAUACCAGCCCUUGGAACUGGGCCCAGAAUCAGUCUAAGAUAUUGCAUUGGCUGGGGGCAAUAAUACAAAGCUGGAAGUAUUUCACUCAUUUUAUGUCCUUGAUUGCAAUUCUAUAUUCUUUGCAUUAAUUAGCAAACUUACUUUCUUGGUUAAGUAAAAUUGUUCGUUCUGAUCAAGGGGCAUUCUAAUUCAUCCUUUACGGGUCUCCAUUUGUUCUUGCAGCCAAGUUAUAUGAAGAGUUUCUAUAGGACUGAUAGGUGGUUAGAGACUGAAAUACUGAAGAAUUGUAAUAACUUGCUCCCUGACCUAGAUCUCUCAAGUGAAGCAACUGUCCCUCCCCAUAAUGGAUUAGGAAUCUACCUCUCUUUAACCUAGCAGAUGAUGGCAGAUGCUACUUUUACCCAAUAGCUACAAUCUGCUUGUCAUCUACACCCAUUCUCUCUUCACUUCUCUAUGUAUAAAUGAUAAUUAAUACUCGUAUUAAGUUCCUCUAGCACCAGGUGUGGGAAAUCUCUAGGGUUGCAAGUGGCCCUUGGCCUAAUUGCUGAGGUCCUCUAGAACAUCAGAGGAGUUCUGUUAGAUCAGACUAAAGUCCCUUCUAGUCCAAUGCCCUGUUCUCAUAGCGACCAACUAGAUGCAUAAGGGAAGGCCCCAAGGAGGACCCAAGUACAAAAGCACUCUCCCCACUUGCAAAUGAUCAAUUCAGAUCUCUUGAAAGAACAAUAUGUGUCUCUCCCAGCAAAAGGGCAGGACAGAAGGGCAGACCUUCCAAGUUUUCCUAUUUUCCAGGGACAGUCCUGCUUUUCAUUAGGAUGUUCCUAUUUUUCAUCAGAGAAAUGUUGGAGGGAGAAAUGUUGGAGGGGACGUCUCUAUUUUCAUUGGAGAAAUGUUGGAGGAGAUGGAAAAGACAGAGAGGUGAGGGAGAAAGGAAAGGAAAUGAUGUCCUCUGCUCUUAACCUGCUCUAGUCCACCUCUGCUCUAACCUGUAUUCAUUAUUAUUGGUUUGUUUCAGUCUUAGUGCUUUUAUUGGACUUGAUAUGUGUGGUUUUGUGUUACUGCAGCUUCUUAUCUGUUUUUUCUAUUAGAGUUUCACUGUUUUUUAGGCUUAUUGCUGUUUAUAUUUUAUAUUAAUCAUUGGAAGUUGCCCAGGGUGGGGUAGGGUUUCUCCCCAAAAGGUGGCUUAUGGAAAAAUAAAUAUUCUUAGUUUUUAUAUGUCUACUUUAUAUGUUCUUAAAUUUUUGGAAAAUUCAAUAAGCACUUUCUUUUUUAAUAUAAAAAGGUAGAUCUAGUCCUAAAAGCAAAGCUGGAUCCAAGUGGACAGUCAUUUAAACCAGAUGAUCUUCUGGGAUACCAGGUUCUAAGAGGAGGAAGGAAAGAAGAAUAUACAAAGGGCUCCUUGGAUGCCACACUUCUUUAUCCAUCUCUCUAGUUCAUGCAACUAUUGUCUCAACUGUCAAAUGCUAUCAAAUGUUGACUGCUGCAUGUCAAACGCUGUUCAGUACUGAUUGUUGUGGCAUGCCAGCUGUCAGGUACAAUUGCAAAAACUGGCAUGUGCCGAUUGCCAAGGCUGAAUAUCAAUUGUUUGCCAAAAUUCUGCAGAGCAAUAGAAUAUUUUUUCAGACAUACACUAUUCAGAAAGCAGUUUGCAGGACAGACAAUUUAAACAAACAAACAAACAAACAAACAAACACAUAAUACAUUACAGUACAACAUUAUCAGUUCAACUGUAACAGUUAAUUUAAAACAGAGCUUUCCAAACUGUGUGACACAGCACGUUAGUGUGUCGGCUGCAAUGUGUAGCUGUGUCAUGUGAAUGCUCCCUGCACUCCUGGGGCUAGAAAGGGGUUAGUUUAACCUCCAGUUUGCUAGUAAAACUGUCGCAAAAUGAUGCAUGUCUAAAAAGUGUGUCACCAACAUGAAAAGUUUGGCAAUUUUAAAUGAACAUGAAGCACACACAAAUAAAGGUCAGCUAACCAUAUGAGAGGGACGUGGGUGGUGCUGUGGUCUAAACCACAGAGCCUAGGGCUUGCCGAUCAGAAGGCUGGCAGUUUGAAUCCCCACAACGGGGUGAGCUCCCGUUGCUCGGUCCCUGCUCCUGCCAACCUAGCAGUUUGAAAGCACGUCAAAGUGCAAGUACAUAAAUAGGUACCACUCUGGCGGGAAGCUAAGCGGCAUUUCCAUGUGCUGCUCUGGUUCGCCAGAAGCGGCUUAGUCAUGCUGGCCACAUGACCCAGAAGCUGUAUGCCGGCUUCCUCGGCCAAUAAAGCGAGAUGAGCACCGCAACCCCAGAGUCGUUCGCGACUGGACCUAACGGUCAGGGGUCCCUUUACCUUUUUAACCAUAUGAGACACAGAUUAAGAAAUCCAUUCAAUAAUUCAUAAUGAAGAGUUCUUGCAAUGAAAUAUCUUGCCCACAAGGAGCCGACAGCAAAAGAGUGUGGGGGGGAUUAAAUUAACCAUGAGACACUUCAGACAGGCCACCCUUAAGCAGAAAGCAAUCCAGGGUUCCGGGUCCUGUGUCAGCAAAGAGGGCCCCCAUCCCCAUGGCAACUCUCCUUUUUCACUGCCUUGAGAUUCCAAGAAAGACAAAAUGGAAAAAUCAUCAAACCCUGCAGGGAGAAUUUGUGGGGCAUUAUUUCAGUCAAACCAACCAUUCAUGUUGGGCACGUGUCAGAUGGGCACAUGAAGGGGCUGAGGUUCACAGAGCUUUCCUGUAAAAUUUGCUAGAUAGAACUCUGUGAGAUCACUUCCCUUGUCUGACUUGACAGGAACCUGUAACACUACAUCCGUCCUUUCUUCCUGGGCAGCCUCUUCUUUCUUCGUCAUGCUUUCAAACUGACCACAAGUGCAUGUCAGAGCUCUGCAGCUCAGGCACUGUUCUUGAACUUACAUUUUCUCCUUUUGUAACUUAGAUAGUUCUUAUAAACCCACCUUCAUCUUGUUACUGUAGUUGCUGCUUUGAGAUCUAGAUUAUGUAAGUAAAUGCUACUUUUAUUUCUUCACAAAACAAUGUGUAUGUGAUUGUUGUUUUUAUGGGAUAGAAAAGGGGUAAUACCAGGAGAAUCCAGUCUGGCUUAAAACAUCCUGGGUUAUUGUUUCUAGACAUUGUCUUAACUUCCAAGUUUAAGCUGCAAAGGAUGGUACACUGCAGAUCUCACUAACAUAAGCAAGGAAGGAUAAUAACUAAACAAUAUAUACUCUCCUAGUGUCUAAAUCCAUUUCAACAGAAUUUGGAAUGGAAGUGGGAUUCACUUCUGCCUUAUUCUUUUUAUUGAAUCUGCACCCAGGUCCCGAUUUCCCUUUCAUCUUACCUUUUUCUCUAGCCUCAAGCUAAUUGACAUUGAUUAACCCCAAAGAACUGGGCUUGCCCCCCUCCCCUGGCUUUUUUAUAACCAAGAAUGAUCAUUAACUUUCACAGCCAGAGAAUGACAUAUCACAAGCCAAGCUCUGGAACAUCAGCCCAACUUUCAUUGCACUGUGUACACAAAUGUCCUCCCCUCGCAGUUCAAAACUUUAGAAAAUGCUUAAUCAAAUCCUUCAUUGACAUGUUCAGUAUUUGCCAUGCUCUGCCAGUUUUGUCAGUUUUGCUCAUGGCAUGGGUGGCCACAUUUUUAGCCAGACAUGCAACAGGAUAUAUUUUCCAUCCUAAUAGAGGCGAAUGAUGAAAAUACAUGGAAUUCAAGAUAUAUCCUAAUAGCCUGAGCACAUCAGCAAGGGGGAAUGAUGCUUAUAGAAAUUAUUUGCACCAUCUGUGCCUUUGUGUGUCUUAGUUUUCAUUGGAAAUCUUUCAUUGCCUGUUGCUUAGGCCUAUCUGUGUGUGUCUGUGCUUCUGCACUACAAUGGUGUUUUGUUUUGUUUUGUUUUGUUUUGUUUUGUUUUGUUUUGUUUUGUGUUUUGUUUUGUUUUGUUUUGUUUUGUUAUAGAAGGGUAAUUGCUCAGUGGUGAAGCAAAUGUGCUGCAUGCAGAAGACCCCAGCUUCCAUCCCAGGCAUCCCUGGGCCAGGUUGAGAAACUCUGGAGAGUUACUGCCAAUCGAUCUAGGCCAGCUUUCCCCAACCUGGUACCUUCCAGAUGUUUUAGACUACAACUCGCACCAGCCCCAGGUAGCACAACCAUGGGCGAGACUGGGGAAGGCUGAUGUAGGCAGCACUGAGUUAGAUGGCCCAGUGAUCUGACAACAGUACAAAGCAUCUUCCUAUGUCACUUCCUUCCACCAGUGCUUGAAACAUCCUUGCAUUGAUUCAUUUUACCACAUUGUGAGAAAUCCAUUCUUCUUUCAUCAGAACAGCCUCUUAUUGAUGUUUUACCUCUACUUACCGUAACUAACAGCUGUUCAAAUCCCCGCAACGGGGUGAGCUCCUAAUUCUCAGUCCCUGCUCCUGCCAACCUAGCAGUUCAAAAGCACGCAGUGCAAGUAGAUAAAUAGGUACUGCUCCGGCGGGAAGGUAAACAGCGUCUCCGUACGCUGCUCUGGUUCGCCAGAAGCGGCUUAGUCAUGCUGGCCAUGACCCAGAAACUGUACGCCGGCUCCCUCGGCCAGUAAAGCGAGAUGAGCAUCACAACCCCAGAGUUGUCUGUGACGGGACCUAAUGGUCAGGGGUCCCUUUACCUUUAACUAGCAGCAAAGAUUUGAUGGUGAGAAUGUAACCGUGAACUGGAUGCUUUUUUUUUUGUGGAGGGGAGAGACUGAAGUGAUUCUGAACAGCAAAAUGAAAGAGGUUGCUGGGGUCCCCCAACCCCACUUCCAUGAGAAAAUAAAGAAAAGCUUAAUCAUUAUGCUAGUUUCAAUUGCUAAGAAAUUGAUUGUCUCAUACAUGGUAUAUAAAACCAACAGCUCUUAAGGAUGUUGCUAGGUAGAGUGAUUCUGAUUGAAAAGGGAAGCAUGUUUGUUUGUUAAGCUAUAUGGAUACAGCCCUUCAUAGGACAACUUAAAGGCAACUCCCCAUUUAUGUGGGGGUUGCGUUCCGAGGCACAGUGGCCGUCAGCAGGAUACACAUAUGCCUGCCCACUUCCACCCCUGCCUUGGCCUGCCUCCUUCUCAUGGUGAAAACGGCAUGCAUAUCAGCUGUUGCACAUGACUUGAGCAUGUGCAAAUGGAGAGUUGCCUGUACCAUAAAAUAAGGCAAUAUAUAAAACCUAAGAACCACUGUGGGUGGUGGUCAGCUAAGUUUUCCUCUGGCCCAUUAAUUUCAGUGGGUCUACUCUGAGGAGAACUCAGUUGAACACCAUGCUAUUUAUUAACUUUAAAUUCCACACAGGGUGGAAUUUAACAUCGCACUAUUAAGUUCACAAAUGGACUUGUAUAAGAGAGAGAGAGAGAUUUGUAUCUUUGUAAAAUGAGUAACUUCAUCUUGUAGUGAUGGCUGCUGGUUUUUCUUUUUAAUUUUGCUAUCACCUGAGAUCUGCUGCUCACAGAGCAAUUGGGGUUAUUCGUCCUAUUAAUAUUAAUUCCGGCUUGCAGCUUUACUUGUUUUGGGAGCCUUUGGGAGCCACAAGGUGAUGUAUGACAUAUAUUUCAUCUGGGGACUCAUAGUUAUUUAUUUAUUUUAAUGCAUUAUGUCUAUUCAUGCCCCUCCCCAAUCCAGUUUAGGGCCUGAUCCAGCACUUCAGAGCAGCCCCAGACCAGAUCCAGCCCUGAACUGAAUCAGGGGCCUUGCAUAGUCUUUAAUUAGGAUUUAAAACUCUAAUUAAACACUUUGUUAAUUAAACAUUCAGUUAGGAGGGCAGGGAGAAUGAGACACACACAGGCAGUGUAUUCCCCUCCCCCCCUAUUUUACUCUCACAACUACCCUGUGAGGUACCUUAGGCUGAGAGAUGGUGCCUGGCUCAAAGUCGCUCAGUGAGCUUCAUAGCUGAGUGGGGAUUUGAACUCUGCUCUCUCAGGUCCUGGUGCUGCAGUCUUUUAAUGCAAUUAGUGGGGGGGGGGCAGGCGACCCUACUUUCUCUUCUUCCCAACUUCAUCAGUGCCAUAGCAAUAUAUUGCUACUGGCCACCCCAAUUUCUGCUGAACGGUAGCAAGAGAUUCCAGGGGUCUUGACAUUUAACCAGGGUUUGUGUUUCCUUGGAUAAAGUGAAUGUAGAGAUUGGGGAGGGGGUGUCUACCCUCCCAAAUUCAUAACAAUAUUUUCAUGCCAUCCUUUGGUCUGACUUGUUUUCUGCAGUUUGGUGGUGUGGAGUCAUAGUUUUGCAUGAGACACGUUCUUUCAUUUUCUGGUGUAGUCAAAUUCACGCAGCUUUAAUUCUGAAAAAGAAGUUGCUUCGUGCAGAAAACAGUUGCGCGCUAGUCAUGUUCUUGUUUCUAGAUGAGUAAUGCAACCCUGCGUUUGCCGCCAGAUGUGCUAUGAUUUCACAGCCUACUGUUAGUUGCUGAGAUUAAGGAAGUACCUCCUCCUGGGCUGCUUUGGGAUGAAGGGCUGGAUAUAAAUUUCAUAAAUAAACAAUAAAUAAAUCAGUAGCUCCCUGCUUCCUCAGAACUUCAAGGUAGGAUAGCACUCUGUGCCUAGGGAUGGGGGAAUUUGUCAAGUUCACUCAGUUUCUUAUUUUUCCAGCCAUCAGUUCUCCACAUUCUCAUAUCAGUUUGCCUUUAAAAAAAAUUGUAUUCAUGAAAAUUCAUCAGCAUUUGUACCCAAUUUUGCCUAAUAUACACAUUUUUGCAGACCAAUUCCCCCAAAUAUUAUGCACUGUUUAUGUUAUUUUCACAAUAAAUGGGCAUUUUAUGUUACCCCGGUGGAUGUUUUUUUGUACACAUUACUUUGCAAAAUUUGAAGAAGUGCAAAUAUAUUUCAGGUCAUAUCUAGUAUCAGACAGUGAAAAUUAGGUAGGUUUGCUUUUCAGUGUGAACUGAAUGGAAUUUUGCCCCCCUCCCUGUCUGUAUCUUGUUUCUUUUAGAAGUAUAAACAGUAAGGGGACAGAGCUCUCCUUAGUGGUGUCUAAACUGUUAAACAUUUUAUCGAUCAAAGCACAACUGUCUAUUUUGCUACUGGCUUUUUAGCACUCAUUCUAAAAGUCAUUUUUUUCCAAAGGAUUUUUUUUUAUUGUGUUGGCUCAUGUUUCAUGAAGUUGCUUUAUAUUCUACUGAGACUUACAUUUACAUUGUGGGAAGAGGUGGGGGAGCUUAAUUAGACCUUGUUUCACAAAAUUCAUUCACAAAAUGAAUUUUUAACUGCAGCUUUGGGUUUAAAGGGAUUAUUGCUGUUUUUAAAAAUGUAAGUGCUAGCACACUGGCAGAAGACAGGAAAAAGCCCCCAACAGAAUUUUAAAGGUAAUCCUUUUCAGUUCUGUCCCGUUCAUUCGUGUUAUGUGUAUUAUCACACACACACACACACACACACACACACAGCUGCCAACCGAGGAUAAAACUUCAUGCCUGUGAUGAAGUGGAUUAUGGUCCAUGAAAGCUUGUACCACAAUAAAUUUAAGGUGCCCCAAGACGUUUUGAACGUUUAUAUCAUAUAGGUUCACCAUGGCAAGGAUAACAUGCUGAAUCCCAGAGGGCAAAAAAGACCCACAUUAUAAAGGAGUCAGAUUAAUUAAUUUUUGUGCUGCUAUGGCUUAUAUUGCUCCAUCAGUACAGUAUAAAAGAAUGUUGACUGAAAGCAAACACAGCAAAGAGUCUUGUAGCAUCGUAAAGGCUAAAACAUUUAUUGUGGAAUUCAGUUUCACAGACUAGAGUCCACUUCAUCAAGUUUGUACCAUCGUAAAGUUGUUCGUCUUUAAGAUAGUCUGCUUUUGCUGCGACGGAGUAACACAGCUGCCCUGCUAGAGAAAGUGAACUUGUUUGAGAAAUGCUAGUUUCUGUGUUUAUUUGGAAGAACAAUAAUCUGUGAUAUUCUGUCCAUUAUACAAAAUUUUGAGCAUCUGUCAGGCAGCACAUCUCAGUGGCAAUUAUGACUCCCCCAACUAUAUGGUAAUAUUCUAGAAUGUUUCCCCUUAAAACACAGACUUACUGCCCCAAAAGUCAAUCCCUCCCCCCCCCCGCCCCCAUGUUCACAAAAUUAUCUUUAUUUAGCCAUGUGCUGGAUUCUAACAAAGCAGCAAAACCCAUGCUCACAUGCAGAUCAUAAUGCACAUGCUUUGAUCUCUUCCACUGCUGGUUUUAAUUGCCUUUAUAUGUUUUUAAUUAUUUUUCUUGAUAAUUUCAAUAUUUCUCCUAAGCUGCUUGGAGGUUUCAUUGCAAUCAAGUAGCAUAUAAGUUUUGCUGAUCAGUUAAUUAAAGUGCUCUUCCUCUGCCUUGCUCUGUUUCAAUAGGAUGCACAUUUAGGUGUAAGACGGCAUCAACCUGGUUGUUACAGCAAUGGGGAUGCAGUCUCUCUUCUGCACAACUUCCACCUGCCCUUUGGGAAGUUUCACAAGGGAAGGGCCAUUGUUCAGUGGCAGAGACCAUGACUUGCAUACAGAAGGUCCCGGGCCCCAAUCCUUGGAAUCUCCAGUUGCAAAGGUCAGGGAGCAGAUGAUAAGAGUGGCUAGGGAAAACCAUCCAGAUGGGCGGGGUAUAAAUAUUAUUAUUAUUAUUAUUAUUCCCCAGGAAAUCUACCGCCAGCUGGAUGUAGGCAAUGCUGGGCUGGACUAUAAAUAACUUACCUGGUUUGAGGCAAUUUCCUAUAUUCAUUUCUUUGCAAAGGAAAGUGUCAGGGCAGGGGGCAGAAAUGUGAAAAGCAGGGAGCUUGUUUUGGCAAAAUGCUCAUGAAAUCAGCCCCCGCCCGCCCCCGUCUCAGCUCAGCAGUAGUUCUAUCCCCAAGCAGUCAUCUGUGUUUAGGAAUCCCAACUGGAGAAUAUACAAGUUCACAUUUGCUCUUAUGCAUGAAUUCACUUUGCCCUCCGGUAGUAACCUCAACACAUUUCUCUACAAGUGCUAUUCGGUAAAAGGCAAGACAAUCAGUGAAGCUUCAUUCAGGCACCAGGAAAGAGAGCAGGAAGGGAUUUUCAAGGCAAAUUUCAAGACAAAGCCAGUUUUUCUUUUGCUUUGUUCUGGAUGUGAACAGGCUGUUCUAGCUGUACCCCAGUGACCUAGUUCUGGGGGACUGAUCUAAAGUAAUGCUUUCCAGGGGGUGGGAUAAUGGAAGCAAUUUACCCCCUCCCUUGCAUUCUUUUACAUUUGCUUUCAUGGUUUUCUCCCAGCCAGCCAUGUAAUCUGCCAUGUUGCCUGCUUUCCAGCAGUGCCAUCCUGAUGUUCUUGUACAAGGGUGGGUUAUAUAUAUAUAGAUAGAUAGAUAGAUUAAUACACUCUAUUCAUACAGUCUGUAUAAGGUCAGCACAGUUGCAAGCAGGAAAAAUCACUACAUGGUCAAACAUUGUCCUGGUUUUGAUUAUUCCAGAGCAUCACAAAUGAAGACCAGCACUCUAGGAGCUUGUAUGGAUGUUAAUUACUUAAUCAUCUAUAUUAGUUUGGACAUCAUUGAAAUGUUCCAGAUUUUAUCAAGCCUAAUGGAGCAUUAGUCUUUUGCUAUGUAUAUUUUUGCCAUAGUGAGCAAUUUUGCCACUACCCCAGAAUCUACAACUGGAAUUUUAAGUAACCCAGAUGUAGUAUUUUAGGAUCCAAAGGCUAUGUAUGUCAAUGAUAAUACUUCAAAUUGCUUUCCAGAAUACCUGGGUUAUCUUCCCAAAAAUAUAUGUUAUAAAGUCUGCUCUUAAUGCUAUGCAUCUCCAACAAUUAUUAUGUGAUGCUCAGUAUAUCCUGUUUAGUCCAUGUAGCAUUAAGUACCAUUGAUAUUCCAUUUUAAGAAAAUUUGCUCAAUUCAUGUUUUCAGUGCUUCUCUCCUAACUGUAGCAAUGUCACCACACCCAGACCAGUCUUCCCAAAUUGAGGCCCUCCAGAUAUUUUGAACAACAAUUCCCAUCAAGCCCAGGAAGUGUGGUCAGUUCUCAAUGGCUAUGGUAAUUGUUGUCCAACAACGUCUGGGGGAACCUAAGUCGGAGAAGCUCCUUUAGGUAUGGAGCAGGGGCUGGCCAGCUACAGUGGUACCUCAGGUUACAGAUGCUUCAGGUUACAGACGCUUCAGGUUACAGACUCCACUAACCCAGAAAUAGUACCUCGGGUUAAGAACUUUGCUUCAGGAUGAGAACAGAAAUCGGGCGGCGGCAGCAGGAGGCCCCAUUAGCUAAAGUGGUGCUUCAGGUUAAGAACAGUUUCAGGUUAAGAACGGACCUCCAGAACGAAUUAAGUUCUUAACCCGAGGUACCACUGUACUUUUAUCCAAUAUUUACUUCACAAGUAAAUCAAACUUCCCUUCGUUGGGGAGCAUUCAGAAAUUCAGCAUACUUUCUGCCGUCUGUUGUGGUACAGUCCAAGACAGGCUUUAUCACUUGAUUCUACUGUCUGUGUACACAAUCCUGAAGAUGAGAUUUCACAGCCACUUUUUCUUCAGGUGUCCCCCCCCCUUUAAACAGAGUGACAAGAUUGUGAGGUAUUGUUUUUAUUUAUCUAUUUAUUUGAUCAUAUAUUAAUCCUCUUCCACAGAAAUGUACAAAAUACAAUAAAAACAGCUUUUUAAACAAAUAUUAAAAACAACACAGAAAAUAAAAGCAGAUAAAUUUAAAAACAGUGCUAGAUAGACACCCACAGCAGAGACAUAUUCAUCUGAUUGAGAAAGCUUGUUUGAACAAAAAUGUCUUCAAUUGUUUUCAGAAAGUGCAUGCAGCAGGUGCCUGACAAAUGCUAUUCUAACAGAACAGGGACAGCCACAGAGUCUGGGUGCCAAAGAAUUGAUUCUGCAUAUUUCACCAUCUCAAAAUGUUAUUUAGUUUAUUGCCAGUUUGAAAAGGGUGGUGGGUUGGAGAAAAGAGAGAGAGAGAAAGAGAGAUCAUUAUUUGGAACGUAUGAGGCAGACUGAAUAUGAAGUGAACCUGUUUUGAUUGCUGAGGAUUAGUUCUCUUUAAUUAACAAGGGCCAACGUUGCUUCUUAGCAUGCAGAACAGACACCCGCAAAGUAUUCUCCUUGAACACUGGUGUUUAAAUAUGCAUUUAUAGUGCCAUUGAGUUAUAUUCUUUAAAAGAGGUAGAUGAUUAAAAGAGAGAGGAAGAAUGCUCAAAAUGCCUACAGAUUCUGUGAUGCUGUUUAUAAUGAUAGUCAAAAUCAGAAUAAUUGGUCUGAAUUACAAUAAAAGGAGAGAAAGCACACAGCAACCCAAAAUCUUAUGGGCUAGGGCACAGGGAAUGUUGUAUUCCAUCUGUAAGCAGUCACGGCCAUCCUGAACCACACAUUCUUAUGGACAACCACAGUGCGUUAACUGGUGGAUAACAGAGAUAGCCCGCAGCAAACAAGCAGCAGCAGCAGCAGUCCCUGAAAUGUAUCUGUGGAGAAUAGCUUGUGUUUGCAGAUGAAAUAAUAUUGGGCCAAGUGACUGGGGGUGGGGUUGAAAUCUGCAAGAAGAAUCCAUCAGGGAAAACUAGGAGAUCCAACCGACUCAAUAUGCUGUCACACUCCAACUCAUUCAUCUGGGAUUUAAAAACCCCUUGCUUUGAAUUUACAGGCAUGUCUUGAUGCAAUUGGACACAAACUUCCAGAAACAGAAGGAGCUGGUGGUGGUGCGAUUUCUGUUGGCACUUAGCUAAAUUGUGAAAUUUGCUCCCACAAGGGAAUGCUGGCUGCCAGUUUGGACGGCUUUAAAAGAGGAGUAGACAAAUAGAUGGAGGAUAACUAUGAAGGCCAUGUUCUACCUCCACUGCCAGAUGCAGGAUGCUUCUGAGUACCAUUUGCUGGGAAUCUCAAGUGGCAAGAGUGGCAUUGCACUCAGGUACUUGCAGAUUUCCCAUAGGCAUCUGGCUAGCUGUUGUGAGAACAGAAUGAUGGGUGAGAGGGGCCUUUGGCGUGAUUCAGCAGGGGCCUCCUUAUGUUCUUAAAAGCAUAAUAUCAGACACAGCAGCCAAAUUUUAAGAAUGGGAAACAUGUAUAUUGGGUACAAUUUCUUUUUGUUUUCAGGACCUCCCUUUCUAAGCAACUGUGCCUCAUGGAACCUUAAAACAAUGCCUUGUUUUCCCUUCUUAGUGGUUUUUUUUGGGGGGGGCGGGGCAGUUCUUUGAUGUUACAGGCAAAGCAGCUUCUAGGGAAUCUGGAGCAUUUACAUUUCUGGCUGCACCCGCAGCUGUUUUUGCUUCACAGAGCACAGUUCACUUGGCUCAUGAAGACAGCAAUCUGAAAAUUGUAAAAUCUUCCGGUAUUCCUAAGGGUCAGAGCAUUCUUUUCCUUUAGGCUAGACAAAUUUGUUUUUAUAGAGGGAUUCUGGAAUCAUCUGUGUCUGCCAGAUAAAGGCUAACAUCUUAUUAACACCUUGAAAACUCACAAUCGGAGGAUUGUUUGCAGAUUCAUAGAGAUUUCCCAGAAAUUAAAUUCAAUAUACCUCUUGGAAAUGGCCUCAGCCAUUUCAAGAGGCAAUGGAAACUGCACUCAUGACUAAACAUUAUUUACAUGAGUGCAGAUUCCAUUGUCUCUAGAAUUUCAGACAUCUUCCAUGUCCCUUAUGUAAUAUUUCAAAGCAACACUGCACUCAGUCCCACACCUGUGUUAGACAUGCAUGCAAUAGACAAUCAAGUCGCUUGCCAUUAUUUCAUUUACUGCUUGAAAGAUGAAUUUUGAUCGUGUUUGGGAUCUAACAUAGUUAUUUUAGGAGUCGGAAAUGUGUUUACCCUCCUGUAAGGUCCCAGCCCAAACCUAUCUGCUGUCCCUCAGAUCAGAGUGGUUUUCUGUCCCUUCCCCUCUAGUGAGGCUUAAUUCUUGAUGCGUUUAUAUUGUAUGUGGAGGUUUUUGUUUUGCAGCAGAGAGCACUGAUUCCUUUUGCUCUGGUAGAACAUCCUCCACCUCCACUUUAGAGGCUAAGGAGCUCUUACCUUUUCAGAUUCCAGCCACUCUUUGUUCUGUCCUGACCUCCAGUGAGCAGCCACGGACUAGGUAUGAUGGACACCUAAGAGUGGCUUAGUCAGGCAGUGGGACAGCAGAUAGGCUUGGGGUGGGACAAUACAGGACCUUGGAUAGCUCCAGGCAUACAAUUUGCUCCGAGGAGACACUGGCAAAUGAAUUACUUUGGGAAAUGUGGCUCAAAGGUUACUGUCUCUAGAGGUAUAUCUGGCUCAAGAGGUUCAUAGCUGACAGGCUCGUGCCUGGAUAGCUCAGUUGGUUGGAGCAUGGUGCUAAUAACACCAAGGUUUCAGAUUUGAUCCUCUUAUGCAUGUGCUUGCAUUGCAAGGGGUUGGACCAGAUCAGCCUUUCUCAACCUGUGGGUCCUCAGAUGUUGUUGAACUACAACUCCCAUCACCCCUAGCUAGAAAGGCCAGAGCUCAGGGAUAAUGGUUGAGAACCACUGGACUAGGUGAUCCUCAGGGUCCCUUCCAAUUCUACAAUUCUUUUAAUUCAAUGAUUCUUUUGUUAGCUGCCUUGAAAUGUUUUGUUGAAAUGGAAAAGCAGAGUAUAAAUAUAAUUUUAAAAAAUUAAUUCAUUUGUCUUAUUCAUAGGAGGUAGGGUGGCAAUUGUUCUGUGUGGGGGGAAACUGUGAUCUGGGUUAUAGUCAUCAUUGUGAUUUAUUAAGCACUUACAGCUGUGCAAUAGCUACAAGAGAGCUAGGCACUGCCCACCGGCAUAAAGUACAAGAUAAAUGAAUUUGAAAAGGAGGAGAUGCAAUGCAAAGAAAUCCAACCCUGCAAAUUAAAGUAGGAAAAAUAAAUGCUGAGAGAGAACAUUUAAGGGAGAAAGAGGAAUAUCAAUCACAAACAAAGCUACAAGGAAAAAAACAACAUGAAAAAGUGUUUGUAAAAAUAAGCUUUCAUACCUUUUCUUUAAAAGGAUGGUGUAGUGGUGAGAAUGCAGGGCUAGGAUGCAGGAGAGCAGAACAUAAAGAAUGUAGGACAGUCAGCAAUUUGCAGCCUGGUCUACCUCACUGGAUUGAUAUGAGGAUCAUAUGGAAAAUCAUGUACACAAAAAAGGAAGUACGGUACUUCUUCACACAGUGCAUAAUUAAACUGUGGAACUCAUUCUCAUAGGAUAGCCAGCAACCUAGAAUGUUUUAAAAUAGGAUUAGACAGUUUAAGGGAGGAGCAGGCUAUUGAUGGCUAUCGAUGGAGUUAGCAAUGCCUCUGAAUACCAAUUGCUGGACAUCACCGGAGGGGAGAGUGCUCUUGUUCUCAAAUCCUGAUGUCACAGACUGGCUGGAUGCAGAGGUGUGGUGGGAGGCACCAACUGGGGAACCCCUAAGGGAGGAAGGCUCAGAGAUAGGUGAUUAUUCCAGAUGCCUUUCUGCUUAUCCUAGCCAGUUAUUGGCUGCAGCUGUCACAGUUUGCCCUGACUUCUUUUGGUAUCCAAAUCUUAAUCGCUUACAUCUCAAACCAGGAGAGGUCAAAAAGAAAGAAAGAAAGAAAGAAAGAAAGAAACCCUGUUGUGUUAGCAUCUUACAUCCUGUGUCUGACACGAUUUGAAACCUCCUUGAACAGUUCUUACAUCAAGCUCCAGCUGUCAGGCUUAUUAAAUCACCCACAGCUUGCUUCAGAAUGACAUAUGGAUGGGAAUGCUUCCCCCAAAGUGGGUUUUGCCAGAUAUUGUGGUUUUGAACCACACAGUUUAUGAGUUUGGUUUCUUUCCAGCUUGAAAGUCUGACCCUGCAAUGUCUUGUUAUGAGGCUCUGAGUUGAGCAACAAUGGAGGAGGUGAUGCUGACGUUUUUACUGUUCCCGACAUAACCGUUUUUCAAAAUCAUUUAAUCUAACAUAUUGCUUUUGUUUAGACACCUUGAUGAAUUUUGUAUCACGUAAUGUUCCCUGAUGCCAAUGAUCUCUGCAAACCUCUACAAGUGAAUGACUCUCCUGGUAUUGUUUAUAUCAUAAGCCUAGAAUUUGUAGUUUAUAAAUGGCAAGAACCCAAAUCUCCCUAACCAGGGGGUGGUAUGGGAUACCUGAAACACAUUGCAUGGCAAUUCCAGUGGAAUGAGAACAUCUUAGGGAAGAAGUGUCUUCCCUCCCCCUGAGACCAGGGAGGGUUGAAUGCCCACCAAUAACCCCCAUUUAUCCACACUGGAUUUCAGAGAGUAAUAGCAUCCCCACUAACCCAGUAUUCCAAUGUGUGAGGGUUGGGGGGGGGGGGAGCUGCAGAGAAUCUGCGACUUUGUUUUAGUGAUCAAACUGCUUGACAGCGACCUUGGAGCUCAUCUAUUCCAGCCUCUGCUCAAUGCAGGAUCUGCACUGCAGGAUAAUAAUAAUAAUAAUAAUAAUAAUAAUAAUAAUAAUAAUUUAUUAUUUAUACCCCGCCCAUCUGGCUGAGUCUCCCCAGCCACUCUGGGUGGCUCCCAAUCAAGUAUUAAAAACAAUACAGUGUUAAAUAUUAAAAACUUCCCUGAACAGGGCUGCCUUCAGAUGUCUUUUAAAGAUAGGAUAGCUACUUAUUUCCUUCACAUCUGAAGGGAGGGUGUUCCACAGGGUGGGCGCCACUACUGAGAAGGCCCUCUAUCUGGUUCCCUGUAACGUUACUUCUUGCAAUGAGGGAACCGCCAGAAGGCCCUUGGCGCUGGAUCUCAGGAUAUAACUACAGCAGCCCUGACAAGUGGUCAGCCCAGCCUCUGCUUAAAAACACCCCCUCCAUCUCCUGAAGCAGCCUGUUCCACCAUCAAGGAGCUUCUACUAUUAGGGAGUUUCUCCUAAUGUUUGGCUGAAAUCUACUUUCCUGGUCAUUGCUUUGUAUGUGGCUUUAGGAAGGGAUCAGAAAUAGCCUGUUCUAUAGUUCUUUUCUACUGCCCAAAUUGGGUUGGUGCCCUCAUCUACAGCUCUUUGUGUGCAACAGCAAAAUGUUAUUUUUGGGAGAGAGACACAAAACAGUAUAAGAUCAGAUGGGAACCCAUGUUCAAAACGUUUGUGAAUAAUGACUUAGGAGCAUCUUUGAGUUUGUGGAGAGCUACAUAGGAAAGCUUUUUGAAGUGCAUCAUAUACCCAGUCCUGGUAGCUGCAAAAUGAAAAGGGGGGAAAAGAGAGUCAAUGAAAUGAACAUUUUAUGGCACAUUGUUCUAAGCAGUAGUGCAUUGCACUGGUGCUGCAAGCUGAGCCAGGAUAUGCUAUAUAAAUGAUAAUUAUGAUUACAAUGAGAUUUUAAUGGGCAAAGGUAAAAAGGUAAAGGUCCACUGGACCAGUCAAAGGCAACUAUGCGGUUGCGACGCUCAUCUUUCUUUCAGGCCAGUGUUUGUCUACAGACAGCUUUCUGGGUCAUGUAGCUAGCAUGACUAAACCACUUCUGGCGCAACAGGACACCGUGACAGAAACCAGAGUGCGCAUAAACCCAAUUUACCUUCCCGCUGCAGUGGUACCUAUUUAUCUACUCGCACUGGCGUGCUUUCGAACUGCUAGGUGGCUGGAGCUGGAACAGAGCAACGGGAGCUCACUCUGUUGCAGGGAUUUGAACCACCAACCUUCCAAUCAGUAAACUCAAGAGGCUCAGUGGUUUAGACCACAGCACCAAUGCUCUUAAGAUGUGCUCAUUUAUUGGGUUUUUUAUUUUUGUAAUUUAAACUUGAAUAUAUUGAAGAGCAGGUCUUUUCUUGCUGUGAAUCUUGCCCUCUCUCCAGUGCUGUUCCCCCCCCCAAUCAUUUGACAAUGCUUGGAGCAGAAGCUAUCGAUCUUUUGGGACUAGUGGGCACAUUGGGAAUUUUGAGAAAGUGCUGUUGGCACCAGUCACAAAAUGGCUGCCACUAUGGCUUAGCUUAAACACAAAAUGGCUGGCAUAGGCAUGGCAUAAUGGCAGCUACAUAUAAAAGAAUAGAAAAAGAGGCAAAACCACAAAAUAAUGUGGGCAUAUACCAUCCAGGAAUAAAGAACAGGGUAUGUACAUCAGCCACUGCCAUACUCACUCACAGAGAGACUUUUUGCCUCUCUUCUCAGCACCAACCUUUGGCAUCCAGUGAAAUGUGGGCAUGUUUGAAGUCUGUGUGUUACAUGCAGGAGAGGCUGAGCCAGUGCAAACAAAAACUGAGCAGGAACAGCAAGCAGUCUCUUGUGCUUUGUGGAUUUUUGAGGGAAUGUUUACUGAAACCUUUUGCAUGUGCCAUGUGAAGUACAGGUAGGCACCGUAGCACCCAUGGGCACCACACAGACUUAGAGCCACUCUUGGACCUAAAUACCCAACUCAGUCAUAGGCAAGGGUUGGGGACAGUCUAUCCCUCCCUGCUCCAACCUGCAAGCCAACUAAACAACCAUCUAAUCUUCUUUUGCAUCUCUUCUCUGCUCCUUUUCCUCCCGUGCAAUCUUCCUCUAUCCACUCAUUCAACUUUCUGUCUGCCUUGGCAUACUGUGCUACUUCUAAAGCAGAAAUUGCUUUUUUAUUGUUUAUCCUCUGGCGUUUUCAAAGCUCACUCCUUCGGUACACCUGGAUUUAGUUCCAGAUAGCCACAUGGACUAGGAGUCAAACAGCCUUGGCAUCUCUCCCAGACGUAUCACAGCCAGGUAGCACAAAACCAUAAUCAGGUAGGUGGGUGAGUUGGAGGCAUGGACAAAAGAGCAGGUUCAAGUUCCUCUCUGACUCAGUUUUUAAUCAAAGUCAUAGAAGAACUUUCAGGAUUGCAUUAUUUACCGCCGAAUGAGGCAAAUAUUACAAGCCUAUCUGAAUUCACACCGUGAGCUCCGCUUGGAUAUUAUUCAGAUCUAUCAAAUACCUCUCUCCCUCUUGCCACUGUUAUUUACAUGCCCCCUUUCUCUCCUUUAGAGCUUGCAAUCCCCUAACAUCUUGUACAUGCACACCAAGGACUCUUUUUUUCUGUUCCGUUGUUGAAAUAGAACAAUAUUUUGUCCUAGUCUUUGUGACUGUGGAGGCAGUAGCUGAAAAGAAAGGCAGAGCCAGAUUUUCAGAGCCAGCUUGGUUGCAGCAAGCUCAGAACCCCCAGAUAGCUCCAUCAGUACUAGUUCAGUGCCAUAGGUUGCAAUCCUAUAGAUGAAACAGCGAGCAAGUUGUCUCAGCACUAGCAUGGAGCAACUGUUAGAUUUUUUAUUGUUUGAGCUAGACCAAAGUUUCACCCACUGAGUGCUGCUCCACUUAGAAGUCCAGCACCUUUUUAUACAGCCAUUGUUUCCUCCUAGAAUGUGGGGUUGAGUUGUGAAGACUUAUUUGUUGGAGGCUGCUCAGCAUUUUGCUGAUCCUCCCAGGAGCCUGAGGUCUAUUUACAAGAAUUCAGAUGCAGAGGUGCCUCCUUGGGAGUUGGUGUGCAGGGUGUGGGAUCUGUUGCUGCUGGAGCUACUCAGGAAGAAUUGGGGAGCAGCUCUGUUUUCCUCCUCUGACCUACUCUUCCUCUGGCCCAGGCUCUCUGCAUCCAAGGAGUCCUGGUUCACAGCCAUGACAUUGAUUUGGAUUCAUUUUCGUAAACAACCCUGCAGACACACUUGUGUGAGAAAGAAAUUUGUCUCACAGGGCAGAUCACGACACCUGUCUCAUCCUGCAAAUGGACCACCAUUCUACCCAUUUCCUCCCUCUGCAAACAGACUAAUACAUAAUCCCCAAAUGAGGAGAUGAUCAGAAAAUUCAAACAUGGGUGGGUGGAAGUUUGAGUUACCCAUCCAAUGACUUUGCUAACUAUACAGUCUUGAGAGGGAAGAAAAAUAUGUAGUACAUUCUGGAAAUUGAUGUGACCUUUCCACAGAAAGAUUUUCCUUAAUUAUGUCUCUGUGCUUAACAGGGCCAAUCUGAUGCUGAUUUCGUAGACAUAUCUCUUCUUCUUUUUCUCCCUUCCUUUUUUUACACAUUCAUACACAAGCCAUUAGAACCAAAUUGAGAAAUGCAACAUCUUAAAAUAUCAGCAAGCUAUUAAGAAAUGUGUUUUAUAUUAUUAGGGUAUGAGUUUGUUUGUUUUGGCAACACACUAUUAGAUGGAGAAAUGGCUAGAUUUUCCCUAUCUUCUUACUCAUUUUCUUCAUUCUGACCCCACUCCUAGGAGCCCUGCUCACAUGAGACAUAAGCAUGUGGAAGAAGAAGCAGGGUUGUGCCUGCUUGGAACUAGUUUACUUUGCACAUUUGCAUUACUCCAUAUAUGCCCCCACUUUGCAGAAAUGACACUGCUACAGGUGUCACAUAGUACCCAUUCUGCAUUUGUAUGAAAUCAAUCCUUUAUUGUUUCAGCACAUACACGGUGGAACUCCCUACCUAUUGACACCAAACAGGCACCUUCACUGUACUCUUUUCCAUGCCUGCUAAAAACAUUUUUGUUUAGACAACCAUACCUUGAUAUGUACAAUAUUGACGUGUGUUUUAAUCUAUUUUAAGUUCGUUGCUGAUUUUAUUUUAUUUUUUUGGAAUGUUUUAAAUAGUUGUUUUUGACUUUUUAUCAAUAAUUCUAUUGGGGGUUUUUUCUGUUUGUAAACUACUUUGAGGGUUUUUAAAAAAACAACUAGCACUGUAUAAAUUUAAAAAAUGCUUCUCCCUCAUUUUCUUCAUUCUGACCCCACUUCUAGCAGCCCUGAUCUGAACAUAUAAGCCGGUGGAGGAAGAAGUAGGAUUUUCUUCUUGCCCCUGCCCCCUGGGCCUUCAUUUGUUCAGGAGAAACCGUAAACAAGCCCUGUAUGCAUAGAAUUUGUGCAGGCUGCAGCUUUUCUCUGCAUCAGAGCAGUGAUGCAAUUAGGUAGUUCCCUAUACAGGAUUGCUGUCAGACGGCUUUGGGGGGGGGUGGAUAACUCCAUACCCUCCAACAUUUCUUCAAUGAAAAUAGGGGCAUCUUAAGGAAAAGUGGGAACAUUCCAGGAUCAAAUCAGAAACCUGGGCAUCUUCUCUAAUUUAGGGAUGUCUCUAGAAAAUAGGGACACUUUGAGGGUCUGGUUGUGGUUUAACUCGUAGCAUCUGAUUCUCAAUAAAAGCCCCUUUACCUUUUUACACCUGAAAUGUGUAUUUUUAGGACCCUCCUUAUUUCUGAGACCUUAAGUUGUUUCAAACUGUUUUAACAUGGUGUUUUAAUUGCUGCAACCUGCCCUGAGACCUUGGAGUGAAGGGUGGAAUAAUAAAAAAAAUAGUAAUACAAUUUAUCUACUCAGCACUUAUUAAGAGUUUGCAUCAAUUUGAGUUUCACAUCAGAGUACAAAUGACACUUGUGUGCUUCAGCACUUUGUUUUUGAUACAUAGAGAUACUUUGGAAUCUUUCUAUUUUAGUGAUGCGUAGUAAAUGCCCAGACUCUGUAUUUCCCUUCUGAAAGAACACAGACUGUGUGGCUUCUGUGUGAUUUGUAAGAAGUGAGCCCCCUCUGCUGUAAGUUAAGAGCAAUUGCUACAUUUUCACAAAACGUUUUCUCCACUCUUUAAAAAGAAGGGCUCUCUCAUUGGUCCUCAGUAUUGACUACAUGAAUGGGAGCUGCUCAUAGAAGUCGUUGCCAGCCAUUAAAUCACAAGAGCCAGGGACAAAAACGUUUUAACACCCACUUAAGAGUCAUCAAUGAAAAGCUCCACCUGCAUUUCCAAGGAGAGAGAUUCCCAGAUUCUCUUGAUUCAUACAGGUGGAUGUGGGUGAAGGCUGUCCUUCAAGUAACCUCUUCCCAAACAGCUCCUAGCUUCAAAUAUCAAAACAAGCACCUUAAACUGAGCACAGAAAUAAAUGCAACUGGUACACAGCUGGUGCCACAUAUCCUGUCAGCUGCAUUCAGUGUCAGCCUUUAAAGGCAGCCCCACAUAGGGAGCAUUGCAGUAACAUAGCCUAGACCAGAGGUUUUCAACCUUUUCAAAAUGGCUCCCUUGACCAACAACAAUCUUUCUGCGGCACCCUUGUGGGGCUCAGGAGCCCAGUUAUGUCACCCCUUGCCUGCAGAGCUGGCAGCCUCUCACCCUUUUUCAAACACCCUCCCCUCUGCUUGGGAUUCCUCUGGGCAGCCACUGCUGCCACCUCUUGCCUCUGAGCUUUCACCUUUAAAUUGAAAGUGGCAUUGCAUUUCUCACCCAUCACUUUGGCAAGGGAGUUUGCCUCCCCCACCCCCACCCCGGUAGUUCCUCCAGCAACUGCUUCACCAUGGUUAGAGUGCUUCAGGUGGAAAGGUGCCCUGAUUUAUCACAAGGGAAGUCAUUUUCUUCAGGAUGGGGAAGGUCAGAGACCAUGGGAAUGCUUUAAGGCAGACUGGUUUCCCUAGGUAUUUCCCCCUCCCCCCCUUAAAAUAAUAAUCACACAAACAGUCUUCCGAAAGGUAAAAAUAACAUUUACUCACUCAGAGCUUCUGUCACAGAUUAUCAGAUAUAUCAGCUUUGUUCAGGCAGGCUUAAAAUGGUAAUUCAGUUCCAUAGACAUGCUUAAGUCUAGUUUAAGAUGGAGCAUUGAUGCUCAGAAGUAGCAGAUGGUUCAUUUGUGGCUUGGGGAUGAGAUGAAGAGCACGAGUGAAGAGAGGCCAAAGAGGACAUGCCCAGCCAGGUGAGGAGAUUAUAUAUGGCUAUGCCCUCCCUCUGUCAGGGCACAGUGCGAGUGGCUGUCAGAGUUCUCUCUAGCAAACAUACAAGAAAACUCUGUGAGCUUCAGCUCCUAUCGUGCGCCUAUCUAGCAAACACAGAUUGUUGGUUUGACUGCCUUGUAAACAUCCCACACUCAGGGCUCCCAGAAUCAGAGCCUUUGCAUACCUGUUGCCAGAGAACAACAGUGGAAGAGACCUGUUGUCCUUGUUUUCUGCUUCUGGGCUUCUCUGAGGCAUCUGCUUGGCCACUGUGAGAAACAGGAUUCUGCACUAGGCAGGGUGUGUGUUUUUUUAUGUUGUUAAAACAGAAAUUUUGUAAUGAGUUUCCUACAAAAUAUUUAUACUAGAAUCCAUUACAGAAAUCAUGGUGAAAAUAAUUUAAUGACUGGAGAAAGCAUUUGUAUUCUACAGUGCUUUUAGGAAGAAAACAAUUAUGUUCAUACAGUGGUACCUCGGGUUAAGAACUUAAUUCGUUCUGGAGGUCCGUUCUUAACCUGAAACUGUUCUUAACCUGAGGUACCACUUUAGCUAAUGGGGCCUCCCGCUGCUGCCGUGCUGCUGCCGUGCGAUUUCUUUUCUCAUUCUGAAGCAAAGUUCUUAACCUGAGGUACUAUUUCUGGGUUAGCGGAGUCUGUAACCUGAAGUGUAUGUAACCUGAAGCAUCUGUAACCCGAGGUACCACUGUACAUUGCUUUUAGGAAGCAACGUGCUUUUUAGUCCUUGCACACAAACGCAUGGAGCCUCAUGUGGUGCUUUGUCAGCAGCAGUUCCCACCGCCUAAGAGGCAAGCUUAUGUUAAAUCUCAACAGUGGCUUAUCUCUUCAACUGUGAGACUGUGAGCUAUGGCUGUGCAUUCUCUAGCCUUGCAGGUGGGAACCCAGUUUUUAUCUUGUCUUGUCAUCACCUCCAUGAGGUUGGCCUUUCAUGUCCCCAUUUCACACUUAAGCUCAGUUUGCACAUAACGCUAAGCCAAGCCAUGGCUUGGCGAGAAUGCAUUGCUCUGAGAGAUAAGUAAACCGAGAAUAAACCUUGGCUACAGCUUAUGGUUUGGUGCAAUGCAAACCACUAGUCUGGAUUUGAACAGAACACUAAGCUAAACCGUGCCUUGGUUCACAGCAGUUGCAAGGCCAGGGGGAGGAGCAAAGUGGCUGUGAUCUCCUCUCUGGGAAGCUGCAUGCUCACACAUUCAUCCUAAGCCAUGCUUUGCCUUGGCACUGUGUGCUAAUUGGCUCAUUGGGACCUGAGACUGAGAGCCAACUACUCCCCUAAACUAUUAUCCCUCAGUGAAUUCAUGGUGUCCGUGGGACCUGAACCCAGGUGUCCCAGAUUCAAUCUUGUUUAUAUACAUUAUCUUGAACAUGCAAAUGAAACAAGCAUUCAACUUGCUAGGAUACUGGAACUGGGGUUGCAAGAAGGCAGCAAUUUCCAUUCCAACCUGCAUUUGUGACAAUCAUAACUGUUACUCUUCUGCUGCAAUUUGGUUUCUACCAAACACUACAUUGUUCAUCUUGCUAUCUAGUGUAAGUUAGCACACAGGCUGGAGCAGUUUCUGCUUCCUCACCUGUCAGACUUCUCCAGCAUCCCUUACUGGAAACAUAUUUGAAGACUUCUACAUAGCAGCAGACAUUAAGCUUACACCCUGGCGUUUCAGUGGUGGGCAAUAACCCAAGCAGGGGUGUGACUGUGAACAAUAAAGGAAAUGCUUUCAGGGGACUUUUAAAAUGUCAUUACAUUUAUAAAUGUAUAAAGCAUUAUAAAUUUAUAAAGCUUUAUAAAUGCUGCCAAAUGUCAUAAUUCCUUUUUCUCUCGCCAUGCAGUCCUCUCCAUUGCAAUUUUUGGAGGCACAAACAACUCUUGCAAAUCAUUUUAGUUUUAUAUUACAUUGCUGAAAUAUAAUGUAGAGCAGGGGUGGCCAACUCCCAAGAGACUGCGAUUUACUCACAGAAUUAAAAACUGGCAGGGAUCUACUCCCUUUUUGGGGGUUCAGGGAAAAGUUGUUGAGCUUUCUUUAGGGAGGAAGAAAGCCCUGAUUUUUGAGAAUUCAAGCCUAAGCUCAAGGGAGAAAGGAGAACAGCCACUCACCAACAGAUUGCUGGGGAAACAUAUAGCCUCACUGAGUACUGUAAUCUCCAUCUUCCACUCUGCAGAUCAUACAAUGAAGGGCGGGACGAGGGGGUGGGGCCGGAUUCUGUUUUACCAACGCUAAGGAAAAGGACCCAGCGAUUGACCACGAACUACAAAAACCUCCCGGGGAACUACCAGUAGAUCGCGAUAGACCUGUUGGACAUCCCUGAUGUAGAGCAAUCACUCACUGAUUUACUUUUCCAAUAUCAUUCAUUGCCAAAGCUGGGAGUUGUUCACAUACAGCUAUGAAUGUAUUUCUUUUCCCUAGGCAAAGGCUGUGUGUUAGGAUUCUAGCAAUUACUUUCUAAAAAUACCUGGUGUUGUUUCAUCUGUCACUAUUUCACUAUAUUGUUUUAAAUAGUUGUAUCCUGCCUUUCUGAAAGCAAACCUCCUAGAAGACUGACACUAAUACAUAAUAAGCAUAGUAACGUUGUUUUAAAAGGCAGUGGUGAUUUGUGAAGGUUUGGGGUGGGGUAUGUGAUGCAAGUUGAAAACACCCACCCUCAUGUUUUUGUUUUUGCUUUAAUGCACAAUCAACAACAUAGGAAUUAAGGAGUCCAUUUUCAGCUCUAAAAUAAAUGUAUAUUUAAUUAUUUGAUUAAUCCCUCCUCAAUCUGAAUUUACACAAAAAACUUUUGUUUUGGCUCCCAGUAUGUUUCUGAGCACAUUUCAAAGUGUUGGUGCUGACCUUUAAAGCCCUAAACGGCCUCAGCGCAAUAUACCUGAAGGAGCGUCUCCACCCCCAUCGUUCUGCCCGGACACUGAGGUCCAGCACCGAGGGCCUUCUGGUGAUUCCCUUACUGCGAGAAGUGAGGUUAGAGAGAACCAGGCAGAGGGCCUUCUUGGUGGUGGUGCCCGCCCUGUGGAACGCCCUCCCAUCAGGAAAUAAACAACUAUCUGACUUUUAGAAGGCAUCUGAAGGCGCCCUGUUUAGGGAAGUUUUUAAUGUUUGAUGUUUUACCGUGUUUUUAAUAUUUUGUUGGGAAACCCAGCCAGAUGGGCGGGGUAUUAUUAUUAUUAUUAUUAUUGUUGUUGUUGUUGUUGUUAUUAAUUUCAUCUCAAUCUCCAUACUUGGUCUUGUACUUCUCAUCACCUAUUAAUCCCUUACUUUCUGCUUUGGUUUUCAUGUGGUUUAUUACUUUGACAGAGUGUCCCAAUAUCUGCUCAGUUGUCUUUUCCUCUUCUUGUCUUGGGUCCCAACACUUCCACAGACAUCAAGGGGUGUAUAAGUCAGUUGCGUCUCCCCUGUAGCAUUUCUCCCCAAUUGUGAAAUAAGAUUACUGAUGGUUUGCUGAACUUUCCCCCCUUUCAUUGCCUCUACCCAACUGCCUGUUUCCUUUGGAAGAAGCAGAAUGAUGUUCAAAAUCGUGACAGAUAUAAAGCAAAUGUAACAUUUGCUAGAUAUUCCAUCUGGUGGAGAAUAAUUGUGCUUUCUAUCUUGGUCCCAAGCAAUGGCCCAGCCACUGAUUCAGACAACAGUGCUGUCACAUACUGGGUCCAUGAUACCAGUGCAGACAUCAACCAAGAGAACAAAGGGCCAAAGCAGGUAAGGUGGUGGAGAUUCAGCAAGGCUUGUUCUUCACCCAAUACCCAAACUUCCACCUCAAACAUCUACAGUGUACACAAGACGCUUCCCUCUACCUGGUCAGUUACUCUUUGCACUGACUUUGUCUCCUGCAUUGAACACACACCCUUAAAAAUGCCCAACUUUCAUUGGCUGCCAGGACUGCAUGCCCACCCUCCAUUUUGUUCUGAGAUGCAAAGUACGUCUCUCUGUGCGUGAGCCCAGUGGUGGCUGAUAUGCUGCUUUGCCUGUCAAUGGGGUGGUUAGUGGUUGAUGGAGGGCAUGUCCCCAUCAUUUUAUGGUUCUCUCUCUUUUUUCUGCUUUUUUUGGAAGUCACAGCCAGGGACAUCAACAGGAUUUCCUGGGCCCAGGACAGUGGAUAUGGACUGGGGCCCCUACACCCUAAAAUCUGCAAUAUAAUUUCAAAAAUAGCUGCAUAUUUUUAUUAUUAUAUUAACUAGCCAUGAUGACUAAUACUUUCAAAUCCCAGUUUCUGGAAACUACAGGACGGAAGAGUGCUCUUGUGCUUGAAUUCUGCUUGUUGGUUUCCCACAGGCAUCUCUUUGGCCACUGUGAGAACAGGAUGCUGGACUAGAGGGGCCAUGGGCAUGAUCCCGCAGGCUCUUCUUAUGUUACUAUGUAAACAUUAUGUAUUAGUGCCAUUUGGGGUGGUAAGACUAGAGUGCACAUAGCAGUGGCUGGUGGUCCUGCCAGAGCAAAACUGACCCACUCUAUUGUGCCCACCAAAUAUCUCAGGUAGGCUUGCACUGCUACCUACAUGGUGCUUCAGGUCAUGGAUAUUCCAUGUGCAGUAUUUCUUGCUUGCCAUCUGGACCACACGUUUCCUAGCUCACAGCCUUUCAUAAGAUUAGGCCUUUUGGCUGACAGUGGAUUGGAAGAAUGCCAAGUAGCACAUUACCGUGCUUCACUGCAGCUUUAUUUAAUUACCCUAAAAUGUAUACGCUGCAAUGGCUGAUCUCCAGCUACUAUGAAGAGAAGGGAAAUCCCAGUUCAAAUGCCUGUUGCAGCGUACCUGGUCCUCUGCUGUUGCAUGGGUGAAUCCUGAGUUUGUCGAAAAUGAGGUUUGGGAGAAGGUUAUGUAAGCCAUGGGAAAUAUGCCAAGCCUUCCGUCUUUUUUUAGGAGGUUAAGAUGUGUAGGUUCCCUUGUCAAAAUAUUGUUCAUGUGCCAUCUGCCUGCAAGAGAUAUGCAUGAGAGCCAGUAUGGUGGAGCUGGAAGGGUCCAACUUGGAACAAGGAGAGCUGGUUGGUUAUGAAGCUCACUAGUUAACUUUGGACUCUCAGCCUGACCCAGGCCAAACGGUUAUUGCAAGAACUGAAUGGAGAAUCACAGUGUAUGGAGGGGGGGGGGGAGAGAAGCCAUGUAUGCCUUGCUGAGCAACUUGGACAAAAGCUGUCCUGGACCCCUGGCCUACCUGGCAGCAAGUCAGUGUGCCAAGUUCAAAGUCUGAGGUCAAUCCACACAAGUCCACAGUUCAAAAUCCAAAGUCUAAAGGUCAGGAAAUGCAAUCCAGGGUCAAUCCAAAUAGCCAAGUCUGAAGUCCAGCAGUCAGGAUCCAAACCCAAAGUACAGUCCCAUAGAGGUCCAGGAGCAUCCAAGUCAAGGUCCUGCAACAUGGGCAGUUGAGCAGACACAGCACCUCAGCUUUGCUUCUGUUUUGUACUUUGCAUGCUGACUGCAGCAUCUGGGCUUGAUGAGGCAUGUGACCCUCACCUGUUCCAAGCCUACUCCAGCCGAGGAAUCACACACCCUCUCCCAGAGCUAGCAAGCCCCACCUGGCCAGCUAGGGAGCUGGGCUGUGGGCCCUUGCCUGCCUCAGCUUUCUAGAAGGCAUGUCAGGAAGAACUUUCUGACAUUAUGUGCAGUGUGACAGUCGAACAGUUUGGAUGGCCAUCUGUCGUAGGUGCUUUUGUUGAGAUUCCUGCAAUUCAGGUGGUUGGACUAGAUGACCCUCAGGUUAUGUACAACCCAACUCUACAAUUCUAUGAUUCCACAUCAGCUUCAGGAAUAGGAGUUUGGGGUAUUUGUGUGUGCAUGCAAUACAUCCUUAUUGUGCUAAUGGAAAAGCUAACCGACUGAAAUCAGUGGGGGAAACAACCUCACUGUGUUUUAAGCCACUAAUGUGUAUAUUAGACUAAAAGUUUAGAGCUGAGACCAGAAAUGCAGGAUCAGUUAGACCGGGAGCUUGAUCUCUCCCAGCAGGAUGCUUUUUUCGUCUAGUAGUGGGGCUGAGACCACCUGCUCAAGAAACAGAUGUCCAAAGAAUCCUUGGACCCCAAGUGAGUUGUUAUUAUGAGGCCAUUAUCAUCUCACCCAGUUUUCUUCCUAUCACCACCAUGUAUGAUCUAUGGGUUCUAUAAUUUCUGUCUUAAUGGGAUUUUUGCAGCUUAUCAUCUUGAUUUCACCUCGUACAGCCCUGUGUUUCUAGAGACAGACCCUCCUUCUCCAAGCAAUUUCUCUUUGGAGCAGGAAAUGGAGCAGGAAAUUUGCUGCAUUAAAGUUUCAUUUCCCCCCCUAGUUGACCGCUAGAGGGAGUAUUCCACCUUGCAUUACCAACAAAUGCAUGUGGCAAUUUACUUUGCCAAAGUUUCAAUUACUAGCUUUUCUCACCUAUUGCAGAUGGAUGUGUGACAGUUUUGUUUUUUUUUGCUUUUCAGUCCUUUAAAGUUGCAUGCAGCUGUGUAAAACCAUCUAGAUCUGUGCCUGCAGUUCCGUAGUAGUCCUGCAAUGAGUUACUCUUAUGCAUUAUUUCUGUUUAUUUAUAGAUAUGGAACCUCCCUAACCUUUGGAACAAGGUGAUUAUUAUCAUUAUUCUGGCCCCUACGUGCUGUAAGGUGUUCUAGAAAUGUUUCCCCUGAGCAUUCCCUGAGUUUUCUCCCUCUUCUGCAAAUGUCAGGUUGGUGUUUUAUUGAGGCUGUGCUCAACAACAUGUACUUGACACAAUUAUAGUGUUUCUGUGGCAGGCUUAUUCUGCUUUACUAGUUUGUCCUGCAAUGCUUCCCCAAUGCUAAGACAUUGUUGCUGUCUGGAGGGGCUAUGGGAAAUUCCAGGAUGUGCCCUGAUCGGAAAUGAAGUCAUGGCAGCCCCAAAACUUCCAUAGGCUCAAAUAGUGUUGAAAGCAGGAUCACAAGGUGGUAUAGUAGUUGAUAUGUUGGACCAGGGCCUGGGUUCGAAUCCCUGCUCAGCUCACUGGGUGGCCUUGGGCCAGUCACAGCCUCUCAGCCUAACCCACCUCACAGGGAUGUUGUGAAGAUAAAAUGGGGACAAAGAGAACCAUUUGUGUCAUCUUGAGCUUCUUGGAAAAACGGAGGGAUAUAAAUGAGAGUUAUGAUUAUCCCAAUAUCAUCACAAAUGCAUAAUAAAAAUUAUGCCUGGAGGGUCCAUAAGGCUUCUAUGGCUGAAAGUAUUUCCCAGAUGCCUACCUUUUAAAAUUUUCCAGUGCAGCAGGAGAUAAAGCUGCUAUGGUUGCUCUCACUUGAUUCCUCCCCAGUUCUGUCACGGCCCCCACCUUCACUUGAUGCGUAACCUGGAUAUCUGUUUGCCACAGCAAGUAGGGAGUAGCAGGCAGCAGGAACCUCACUCCAUGGGGAGGCUUAUAGUCUCGUGUCCGGCUUGCAGAGAUGAUGCAAGUCCAGUCCCAAACAGCAGUAAUCCUUUAGCAUGUUUCCAGAAUGCGGUGCCUGUUGGCUCAUGUUCCAGGUGAUGCCAGCUCAAUACAAGCCAUACUGUGAAAACACAUCUGGAAUCUCUGUGAAUGUGGAAUAUGGACGUUGCAGAUUUCUAAAGGCAUUUUUUCACCAUGCUUUUCCAUCAGUAAGGCUCCCGGAACAGCUUAUAUAAAAUCAGGAGAAUCAAUCAUGAUGAUAAGGUCAAUAAAACAAUAAAAGCAGAGCAGAUAAUCAUUUAGCAAUAAAGCUGUAUUAAAACCAAAUCAGAAAAGCCUGGGUAAAUAAAAAAAGGGGUUUGCCUGGCGCCAGAAAGAAAACAAACCCAGUCUGAGCCACCCUGGGGGAGCAUUCUGAAGUCUGGGCACCACUUCUACAGAAAUCCUGCCUGCAGUUAUCACAUGCCUGACCUCUGGGCGAGAAAUUCCUAGAAUAACAGGCAGGUUCGCAUAAGAGGAGCCUUAUGGAAGAACAUAGGAAGGUGUCUUGUACUGAAGUGGCCCAUUGGUCACAGAAAAGCAUCAGUUCUCCGGGAUUUCAUACCUCCAGAUGUCAGGGAUCAAACCUGGGGUUUUCUGUAUAUCAGAGCUAUUACCCUUCCUCAGGGCCCUUCUUCAGGUACAACACCUGCCAAGAUGAUUGCCAGGUGUAUGAGAAGCACCCAUUUCACAAUGAGCAGCCCACAGGGGAGCACCCUCUCUUUGCCAGGAGAGAGACAGGUUGUAUCUUGCUAUAUGGUUGAACUGAUGGCUCACAGAGGGCUCCCCCCCUUCCAUUGCUCCAUCUGUUUCUCCCCCACCCUCCAUUUUUUAUCCUCCUCUCCUUCAAUGCCCCCAGGCUAGGUCAAGGCAGCUAUGAGAGGCAUUUGGUUUGAUCCAGAAGGGCUCUUCUUGUGUUGACAACAGCUACAGCUUUUCCCACUCACCAUGGUGCUCUCCUUUAAGUCGUGACUUUCUUGUAGCUGGGGGGAAACGCACACUGUGCUUUGCACAGACCUGUGAGUGCAGUUACCCGCUUCAGUGACAUGAAGAGGCAGGCUUCUCUUCCGUUGCCCAGGGAAGUGCAUUAUUUCCAUGGCUGCUCUGUGUGCUUGUCCAUUCGGAGCUCAGCGAUGAAUCAUCCUGUGUUUGGGAACGAGGAGAUGGCUCUCUUAUUUUAGUUGGCUUGUGAAAAUUGCCUUUCAACAACAGUGCCAGCUCCGUAUGCCUCUGAAAUAAAUGGCAUGCAGAGCAUGACUUGGGGUCACUGUCUUCUCCUAGCCUUGAAGCUCAGGAAGCUGGGCUUUUGUAGCUCCCUUUCCAUGCUGCUGCUUUCGCCUUGCCACGUGUGGUCCAAUGACAAGCCCAGGUAACUGAGUCAUUGGGUAGCUUUCUCUCUCUGCGCGUGUCUUGUUUUCUCUUCCCUGCCCUCAGGGAAAUGAUUACGUAAUGGCCUUUUGAAUCCUCUCCCAAAACUCAAGGGCCAAGUGCAAUGUCACUUUAGCGCUGUUUCCCAUUGGACAGUUAGGCUUCUUCUGAUCCCAGCUUAGGCUUCGUGGAGCACAACUACAAGAUCAACAACAGACUCUGUAUGGUGGUUCGUCUCUGAGGCAUUGCUACUGUCGUAAUUUACUGAAACGCUGUGGGGUGCCUCUUGUGUUAUAUAGGGGAGACCUGCAGCAUUUUGAGUGCUGCUGCUCAGGGUUCCAACAAGCCAGCUGUGCCCUCCAUCCCAUCCACAUUCUCUGUUUCCCUCAAUAGCCAAUCAGCAUUCUGUAGCCACUGAGCAUGCUCAGACUUUAUUGGACUGUGUUUUGGGGGGAGAGUGUGUGUAUUUGCUGGGCUGGCUAUGGCUGAUGGGAGUUGUAGCCCAAAAUAUUUGGAGGGGACCAGUAUGGUAAAGGCCGAUGAGGUAGAUAGACUGGUAGAUAUUUGUACACCUGCAAACCUUGGGCUCCCACCCAGUCUGUGGACAUCUCCACCUAGUGUGGAGAUGAAAUUUGAAAAUAAUGAUUAGACAUGACAGGGCAACAACAUAUAUGUUUUAUGGGGUGGUCAUUUUGUCACAUGAAUAGGAUUGCACAGGGGAGAUGCACAAAACCCCUCCUCUGCCUUAACUCACAAGCACUCAAUUUGUUUAGGCAGUACAGUGGUACCUCGGGUUAAGUACUUAAUUCGUUACGGAAGUCUGUUCUUAACCUGAAACUGUUCUUAACCUGAAGUGUUCUUAACACUUUAGCUAAUGGGGCCUCCUGCUGCUGCCGCACCGCCGGAGCACAAUUUCUGUUCUCAUCCUGAAGCAAAGUUCUUAACCCGAGGUACUAUUUCUGGGAUAUCGGAGUCUGUAACCUGAAGCGUAUGUAACCUGAGGUACCACUGUACACACAAAAGCACACUGUAGGCUGGCUCACAUUCAGCCCUAGAGCCAGCCAGAAGCAAACUGCACAAAGCAACGAAGUACAACAAGCUAUGGCAGGGAGGAGGUGUGUUUCAUUCCCCACUCCCCUAUAUAUUUUUUUCAUUUAAAGAUUGGGCACCCAUCCGCACAUCCACCUGCAGCUCCACUCCUGCUUUAUAUGUGACUUGGGCAGACAGAAACAUAGCUUACCCCAAUAUCUAGUUUCUCCUUUCGCCUGCUAUCUGACAAGGCCUUCAAUUUAUGUUGCACCCAGAAACAGAUUUUUGAGAUGCUACUGGGGGUGGGAGUGGUCAUGAUGAAGUCUUGGGCAGUAAUUGGCUAGAAGUGCCUUUAUGUUAAAGAGAAAAUACAGGAAGUUAGAUCAAAGGCCUUUCUAGCUAACCCAACAUGCUGGACUCACACUGGCCAAAUAGAUGCCAUUGGAAAGCCCCCAAGGAGGACAUCGUGUGCAACAGCACUCUCGCAUUUGUGUUCCCCAGCAACUGAUAUUGGAGGUAUACAUGGUCAUCAUGACUUAGUAGCUGUUGAUAGCCUUUCCUGCCAUUUGUUUUCCAUGAAAUUGCCUAAUCACCUCUUAAAGUCAUCCAAGGUGAUGGUCAUCCAUAGCCACAUCUUGUGUUUGUGAAUUCAGUAAUUUAAUGACGAAUAAGUAUUUACUUUUGUCUACCCUGAAGUUCAGUGUCAGAUUGCCACUGGAGCUAUAAUGAGGAGAUUUCUGAAACCAAGUCAAAUACACAAGCAUCAUUCACAUCUACAAAACAGAAUUGCUUAGUUAAGUAGAUUAUUCCUUUCAGAUACAUCUUUGGACACCCACCUCUCAAUCAGUUGGCAUAGUUUUAUAUUCAAACACAGUUGGAAGGGAGGAAUAAUGCAUUGCUAAAUGUGCUUUAUAACUCUUCUUCCUUCAAUAACUCCUUUUUAAAAAAUACUCAUUAAUAUUCGUAGCCUAAUUUCCCCUCUCUCCCACUUAGAAUUUAAAGGAAGUUGCCUUCCUGCUGGAAAUACUGUAUCUCUAAGCUGUCCUCUGGAAAUUGAGGCCUAUUUAUGUUCCAUAAAUGCCAAAUAUACAUAUGACACAGUAGGAUCUUUAGGUCCUUUUAAAAAAAAUUGAAACCAGAGCUGCAUAGCUGCGCCCGAGAAAAAUGGGACCUUCAUGCUAAUACACUUUCCACAGAGCAAAUUUUAAAUGUUAAGUCUAAAAAUAGAAUUGUCCAUGAAAAUGACUGAUAAACAUCUGAUUUAAAACUCUAGCUAGGUCUGCAAAUAAUUAAAACAAUUUGAUUGGAGAACCAGUGUAGGAUAAGACUAGGAACCAGGAAGUUGCUGAUUCUAAAUCCGCCUCUGCCAAUGAGAUCACUGCUGCGCCUCUAAAAGCUAUUCUUCCUUGGCCUCAAAUUUCCAUGCUGCAAUGGGGACAACAUGCAAGGCUGUUGCUAGAUUCUUAAAGCACAAACCAAUAGCACCAAUCUGCAUAAAUGUACGGGGAGCCGAUGGGCAAAUUAGGAUUGUGGUUGGCUGGAGAAGGGAUUGAGAAAUCUGUCAAUUUCAGAUUCUGUCUUUUUCCUAUUUUUCCAAUCAUAAAUUCGGUUCUCCACAUUUCCACAGCAAUUCACAAAUUUCCUCUUGAAAAUUUGUCAGCAUCCAAUGCUAAUUUAUCAUAAUAAGCACAUUUCCUGGCGCAGUUUUAACUAAUAUGUGCAUUUUUGCAAGCAAUUUCCACUAAUAUAAUGCAUUUUGGAGGUAAUUUUCACCAAUCAAUGCAUUUUUUCACACACACUUCCCCUAAUAAAUGCAUUUUUGGUACACAUUAUUUGGUUAGAGAGGUGUACUGCAAAAUUCAGAGAAGUAGAAACUUCAAAGGAUAUCUGUGCUUCAGUAUGUAUCUUGGUUUGUGAAUUAUUGAAGUUAUUAAAUACCAUAAUUGAAUAACUGAAUCCCUAGGCUGGGGUCACACUGGUACUGUACUUUUUAGCAUCCCUAGCUGUCUCCAAAGCAUUAAAAAAUAAAAAAUAAGUAGGGGAGGCACAGGAGAUCUGGGUCUCAAUAGACAGGACAUUAGGCCACCUCCAACGAACGCCCUGUAAAUAUGAGAAGUACUUUGAACAGUGGUAAACACUAUAUAAAUUAUAAGUACUAUUCUGGUGAGCAUUGAUUUGAUUAAAUAAAUAUAUUUCAAACAUUUCCCGAAUGCAAGCGUUCUAUGUAAAUAUGUUCAUGAGUUUUUAUGGUGCAUGACGUGGUGCUAGCAAUCAGCAAAUUACUUUGACCAGCAUAAAUAUACUAGCUGGCAUUCCAGUCCUUUGUAACAACCUGCCUGCCUGAAACAUUGAUCAGCUGAUUGAUUGACUGGUUUGUGGCCUUACCCAGUUCCGGGGACUCCUGCUCACAGGAUUAAACAAAUACACAUAAUAAAGCUAUAAUCCAGUACAGGAUUAAAUGCCUUUGCAAUGCCUUGUUGCAUUCUGGCACAUUAGUUAGAAUAAUCAGGAAGCAGGCCUCAGUAACAUACAGUGUAUUAUGUGUCUGAAUGUUUAAUCCAUUUCAAAACCUUGCUGUAUUCACAAAGCUAUUAUGCUGGAAAGGAGGGUGUGCUUCCAAUCUUCUCUUCAACAUGCUGAACAAUGUCUGUGGUUCCCACAACAAGUGCUGCAGUUGCAUCCGGACUGGUGUGGUGAUUAGAGUGUUGGACUGGGACCUGGGAGGCCAGAACCCCUACACUGCCAUGAAGGUUGCUCAGUGACUGUGGACCACUCUCAGCCUAGCCUACAAUACAGAGUUGUUGUGAGGAUAAAAUGGGGAGCAGAGAAAACCACAUAUGUCCCAUUUGGGUCUUUGGAUAUAAAUGUAACAAUUAAAUAAACUAUAGAAACCGAGAUCACAUUGAAAUUGAUGGUAGAAGUUAAUCAUACCUUAAAUUAAUUCAGUGAUUUCAGUAGGAAUUAAGUUAACUAACUUAGCUAGGAUCCAUCUUAUAUUCGCUAACUAAACUACAUAUAAAAGAAUGGGGGAAGAGGCGUUGUUUUUUGUAUUGUUUUGUUAAUCGAACUAUGCUGUGGAUAUUUUGGUGUAUGUUCAGUCAUAAGUGAGUUAAAGCAGUUUGUGUUUGUAGGGCAGAGCCCACAAAAUGAAGCUGUGUGAAACUGAAAUCCGAUCCAAUAGUGAAGACUCAGGUCUCUUUGGUGGGGCAAAUGGGUAGGUGGGGUUGAAGGGGUGAGUCAAUGUGUUCACACACAUAUUCAUGGCACUCUCUUUAUGAUGAGUUUAUGCCAUUGUUUGAAGAAGCCAAGUGGCAGAUGACCAAAAAGUGGAUCAUGUGAGUCAUCUAAGAGCCCAAGAUGGUCAGCUGGCAUUUGAAUGUGGCAAUGGCUUUUAUAAGUAAAUGAAAGGCUGGAUAAGAGGGUAUUAAAAUUUUUGUGCAGGAUAAGUUCCAACCUGGCUGUUCCUUCAGCCUAAUUCUGACAGCCCUUGCUGCAGGAAGAAGAGCUAGAGUCAGAGGGGAAGGACAUGAUCUUGUUGUUGAGAUCUAGACACCACCUCCAUAACACAUGUGUAAAUGUGCAGCGGUCUCAUAAAGUGAGUCUCAUGAAUAAGUUCACUCUGCCUAGUUGCCUAGUCUCUAAUAGCUUAGAGAGAGGGGUAUGGCAGCUAUUGGGACGUCUUCAUUGCUUCCAUUCAGUUCUACAUCGUUUGCCUGGCUCAUGACCCUUGGAAUCCUGACUUUUGUUCCUAGUUCUUGCUAUGAGCCAAUACCAUUAUUGGCUUGAAUAAAGUUUUCUUCCUUACUCUCAAGUGACUCACACUCUCAGCAGCUGGUAUUCAUGGGGAUACUUCCAGUGACAGUGGAGGGAGAACAUAGGAAGGAAUUUGUCUAAUCCUCCUUUUAGGCCAUCAUGACCUCUUGUGGGGCCAAAUUCCAUAGUUUACUAUGCACUGUGUGAAGCAACAUUUUGCGGUGAUUUUUCCCAUCAAGGUCACAUUUAACUGGUGCUGCUAACAUGGUAGAGAACCCCACAGCUGUGUGUUCCACCCCCUUGCAGCCUACAUGGUGCUUUCUGCAUGUGAGCACGUAUAUGGAAUGGAAAUGGUUGGCAUAAAGAAGCUGGAAUGAAAAAAUGUCUGUGUGCGCUGAGCUUUUAGGGUAGGGCAUGUGGAUCUCGAGAUGCAGCAGUAAAAAAGCCACAUACUGUGCUAAUAGCCAGGAAAGCGUUUGUUUUGUAGCAACUGAGCAGAGCCACUGCUGAUGACUUAGCCAUGUUUGCUUUUUCAGGGGAACAGCAGUCAUUUGCAUCUGUCUCUUUAUGCCCUUAGAAGAAAAAAGGGCGAAAGCUACACAAAGCCCAGGGUGCAAUGAAUGAAUAUUAUUUUCACUGCAAGGCAUGUUUGGCUUGUAAAGGCCAGGGGGGGAAAGUUGCCUACGCAAAUCACAUUGCAAGGAUUUUUUUCAGAGCCUAAGGUAAACAUUCUGUGUUUAAAUUGUCGAUUGCUCAUUGUGCAAUGCUAGAAGAACUACUUGAAAUUCAAGUUAAACUUUCACUUCCUCUUAGGGUGGACACAGCUUAGAUCCAUAACCCUUUGUCCUGGCAGAAGCCUGCUCUCGUCUCAAUUGCUAUCUGAGUGAAUUUAACUUGGGAGUUUAAUGGUAUGUUAUAAAAUUUUCAGCAUUGACAUAAAUAAGUAGAUAAGGCUUAUGUGUUCGACAGACUUUACAGUUCUUCAGAUUUGUGAUGAUAGGCCACUAAUGAUUAAUGGUGCUGUCAUAUACAAUUGGCUAAUAUAGCAAAAUAUAUAUAUACUUUCCAUGGCUGUGUUAUAACAUUGUCAGGCUUUUAAAUACACCAGCGAUGAUUUUUAAUAAAUACCAAGAGGAUGUUUGCAAUUAAAAUUCAAACAAAGGACAUUUUCUUCUUUUUCAACUUUGCUUUUUCUGGCAAGUAGAUGAGUGCUAAUGAAGGAACCUCCAACCAAAAUUGGCUAGGACACGUCUUUCUCUGUUCAGAAAUAUAUAUUCUUCUCACCCCAAUGAAGACAUAUUAUUUCAAUAUUUAUUUAUACUGGAACCUCCCAGUGUAGUAUAAUAAUAAUAAUAAUUAUUAUUAUUAUUAUUAUUAUUUCCUUGCUAAACUUCUUCUGCUACUAAUUUCCUCUUUCUAGGAAAGGAGCUCUUUAAACAUGCCCCCACAACAUGCAAGUUGAUGGUUUGGUGGCUUGUAUGUUGCUGCGUAUGGAUGGAUGGAUGGAUGGAUGGAUGGAUGGAUGGAUGCUGCUGCUGGUAUGAUAGAAUGUUUAAGACCUAGUAGCAAGUUGAAGACCAGAUCAUUCCUUAGGCUAGCGGCACUACCUAUGGUGAUGUAAACAGCAGCUGACCUCGGGAAUUGAAGUAGGUUGCAAUGCCUGGCAGACGCCAUCACCUGCAGUUCAGCUGAAAAGGCUAUGCUUUAUGAGGGGGUGAAAGGAGGCCUCAUUCCCAUCUGCAUUUUCACCACCAGAGGCAGUCAUGGGAUCCAAUGAUAGGACACGUGUCUGGACAACACUCCCUGAUCCUGUGGGAGUUGCUAAGCUCAUGUAGUUCACAGAAUCAGAUUGGAAGCCUUUUCUGGGACUGGUCCUAUCAUUAGGCAAAGUGAGAUGAUUGCCUCAGGUGGCAGAUGCUGAAAGAGGGAGACAGCAGGAGAAGCUCCCCCAGCCAUUCCCCUCUCUUGGAGAAAAAGAUGCACCUUCUUGUCCUCCACCUCAGGAAGCAAACUAUACUGGCCUGGCCCUGGCCUUUUCUGUUGCCUUGGCAACAUUACUUGCUUGACACUGACUUGGCAACCCACAAUACAAGCCUUACUAGUGAGUUGCUUCCAACCAAACCACUUGAGAAAUCAUAGCCUCAACAAGAAACAAGAUGGAUUUACUGUAAAAUAAUAAUAAUGAAAGCAGCAGCAGCAGCAGCAACUGGUAAUUUGUUGAGAUUUAAAUUUUAUUGAUCAAAUGUCAAUUUUCAAGGCAAUAGAUAUCCAUGUUCUUUAAGUACUUUGGUACAAUAAAUAACACUUUUUUUUGCAUUUUUUGCAAUACUUGUUAUGAUUGGAAUUGUCUGCAUCAUUUUCAUACAAUUUUAAUACUAAACUAUUAUAUCCAGUUACAAGAAACAAAAUGGCAUCUGGAAUUUGGUUCUUAUUACAAAAUAGUUUAUGCAUGAAUUUGAUACUGACAUGAGGGAGACUGCAGUCCUUUACACACUUACUUAGGAGAAAGUCUCACUGAAAUCAAUACUCUCAAUUGACAUGCACAGAAUAGUCACUUUGAAGUAACUAUCUGGUUCAGCACAUAUAGUCCAGAAAAGUCUGGAUCCAUAGCAGUAGUAGUAGUAGUAGUAAAGUUAAUCGUACAUUAAAUAAAUAUCCUCUAGUAAAUAAUAGUUUGGGAGAACUAAAGGUCAAGUUUCAGUAGAAUCUGUAAUCUGAUCCCCUCUACAACUUUUGAAAAUGAUAAAUGCACCUCUUUCAUAAAUGAAAAGUACUAUAUAAAUACCACUACUGCUGCUGCUGCUCUUAUUGCUAAUGAUAAACAGCACUUUACAUUAAUGUAAAAAGAAAAUGCUGUACAUGCUGAGGUUGAAGAGUUGUUAGCUCAUGGUUACCUUCACUGACAUCCAAAGCAGAAAAGUAAUGGUGUUUAUAAAAGCUUUUCCCUUUCCUGUGUAGCUAGGCAGCACUGGGUGCAGUUCUGAGAAAUGAAGCCCUGAAAUUUCAUUCAAACUUCUUGCUGAAAAAUAUACCCAUCCAUCAAAAAUAGCCAAAAGCAGCUGAAGCGUGCCCUUUAUAUAAAAGCUUUGAGCAAAGAUGGAUCUCUUGUUCAAAAUGAGAUCUUAAAGAGGAAGAGACAUGGUGAUUACAUUAACUUAAUUACUCUGAGCCAUUCUAAAACAAUAAUUGUAACAUUUAAGAAAUAGUUAAUGGUAACGGGAAGCCACCAGCUUGGGAAUUAGCGAUAUCUAAUUAGAUGGGUUGUACACCACAUCCUGGCUUUUAUGUUGGGCUUCUGAGGCACAGCAAGAGUUUCUCCUUUUUUUCUUUUCUGUCUUCAGGAGGCUGACUCAAUAUAUUCUGGUGCUUGAGGUGGAAAACCUGUUGUUCUUUUAUAUUGAUUGUUCAAGAAAGCUUCCCAGUAGAUUCCCGCCCCCCAUGAGUCAGAUAAGAGCGCAAGAAGAGUCUUGCUAAAUCAGGUGGCGGGUCCGCCUUGUUUCAGAAUCCUCAAGUGUCCAGUCCUAGGCAUCCCAGAGUUUGAAGGCAGUAGUUGUCCCCUACUGUUGUCGGGUGCUUCAGAUUCCUGCCCCCCCUUUUCAGUUCUGCGAUAUCGUUCUUUUAAAUGAAGCAACUGGAAAUGAUCCCAAGCAGUUUCCCAACCCUGCUGUCCUUGAUGACACCCCAAUAACCCAUCUCUUGAGAGGGCUGAUUUGACUUCUUUGUGGCAAAGUCAAAAGUGCACUUUGAUUAAACUUGGAGUAGUAGGGACGCGGGUGGCGCUGUGGUCUAAACCACAGAGCCUAGGACUUGCCAAUCAGAAGGUUGGCUGUUCGAAUCCCUGCGACGGGGUGAGCGCCUGUUGUUCGGUCCCAGCUCCUGCCAACCUAGCAGUUCAAAAGCACGUCAAAGUGCAAGUAGAUAAAUAGGUACCGCUCUGGCGGGAAGGUAAACGGUGUUUCCGUGCGCUGCUCUGGUUCACCAGAAGCGGCUUAGUCAUGCUGGCCACAUGACCCGGAAGCUGUCUGCGGACAAACGCCAGCUCCCUUGGCCUAUAGAGCAAGAUGAGCACCGCAACCCCAGAGUUGUCCACAACUGAACCUAACGGUCAGGAGUACCUUUACCUUUACCUAGUAAGGUAAAUUAAUCUGGGAUGUUGAGCUAAUAAGAACAAAUUCUGGUUCAGACUAAUGGGUCAUCUAGUCCCACAUCCUGUUCUCAGAAUAGCCUACCAGAUGACUUUGGGAAGGCCACAAGCAGAACAUGAGAACAAUAGCACUCUCUUCACUUGUGAUCCCCAGCAACUGGGGGCCAAAGGCAUUCCACCUCUCCCACUGACAGUAAUCUACAGCCACCAACUAGUGGUGCUAGUUGGUUAGGAAAAAAAGCCAGGUAUCAUUAGGGUUAAGAAUUAUUUGUUCAACUCAACAAUGCCUAAAGAUGAUCACAGUAGAGUGGACCAAAAGGGUCAAAAGGAUCUGGAAAGGCAAGCCGCAUUACCAUUAUUAUGGUUUGACAAAAUCACAGUAGUAUAAUUGAACCGGUUACCAAAAAUAUUAUUCUUAUUUUUAAAUAUUCCAUUAGAACAUGGAAGUGUCGUAAUGGACAAAUUACAAAAUAAUAUUAUGCAAUUCAUCUGGAACGUCAAGCUCGAUAUUAGGAGAGAAGAAAAGAGUGGCACAAUCAGACAGAUUUAUAGAAUGGCGAAGUUUGUGAAUUACUGUAUGGGAAUCUACACUUUCAAGAUGAGACGCAACCAUAUGUCUUGUUUUCACAAAUUUAAGACUUUAAGAUAAUAAUAAUAAAGGAAGCAUCCCUAUUAUAACUGUUCUUUGUACAUGUACGAUACAGUCUGAUGUUUUGUUUAAAUAUCUAUAGAGAUACACACACGCUCACUUGGACAAUUAAAAGCAUUAUAUUUCAUCUUGUAUUUUUUUCUAAUCAAAUAUUUGUUCGCCUUUGGGAAAGUUGGGGUAUGUGGAUGCAUUUGCUUAUUUAUUAUUUAUUUACUAUUUUUUGUUUCUUUAUUACACUUAAUACACGCCAUCAUGCAAUAGCUUUAAAACAUGAAAUGCCAAGAUACAGCACUCUAAUAAAAAAAUGUACAAUCCCCCCCAAACAUGUUCUAUCCAGCGCAGCAUAAUCCCCAGUCAUUAACCCAAGCUGCAAUGCCAUAUAAAUCACAGGAGCUGAAAACAAGAAGAGCUGAAACAACCAGCAAAAUGCAGUAGCUAACCCCCUGGCCCAAAAAAUCUAACCAAAGCUCAGGUACUGUGGGGAGGAGGGUGGGACGGAAGUGCACCCUUGACAUCCCCAGCCCCUCCCUUCAGAAUGAGCAAUAAACAGAUGGAAAUGAUAGCCAAACAUAACCAGCGUGCCAAUGUUUAAGCCCUCCUCCCGGCCCUUUCUGUGUACAUAAUCAGGAGUCACUCUAGCAGCUGCAGUGCAUUAGUUCCAGCAGUUUGACAGGCAGCCUCAUUGCUCUGGCACAGGAGCUGUCGCUCCACGCUCUGCCUUCCUCUCUGUGUUCACUUGCAAGCAGAGCCGGCAGGAGUGAGCGGAGUCUGCCAGAGUGGACUGUCAGAGGAGUGGCAAUGCCUACCAGCUUCGGCGGAAGAGUUAGCCUGCUUUCUCCCUUUGCACUUCGUUAUCUGGACAGAGACGCUCUGAGCGUAGGCAGAAGCAUGCCGAAAUCUGAAUAGGCUGGAUUGGAGUCGAAGCUCUGUAUGGUUCCCCAGAACAAAAUUAGCAGGAGGAAAUACUUCUCUCUCUCUCUCUCUCUUUUAAAAAAGCAACAACUCCAGAGCAGCCAAAACAAAUAUCACGUUGCAUUGUAGAGAGACUUCGCAAAUAUCAGUUGCUUUGGAAACAUGGCUCAGCAAACAAGCCCAGACACCUUGACCGUACCUGAAGUGGAUAAUCCACAUUGUCAAAAUCCAUGGCUCAACGAGGAUCUUGUGAAGACCCUGAGGGAAAACCUGUUGCAGCAUGAGAAGCUCAAGACAUCCAGGAAGUCUUCGUCUAUUUCUCCUAAGCUGUCGCCCGUCAUCUCCCCUCGAAAUUCUCCAAGGCUCUUGCGCAGGAUGCUUCUGAGCAGCAACAUACCGAAACAGCGGCGGUUCACAGUGGCACAUACCUGGUAA